GCCUUCAGAAAUCGUUUUGUGGAGCUUCACUUUGAUGAGUUGCCCAGUGACGAGCUAGAGACCAUCCUCCACCAGAGAUGUAGUCUUCCUCCGUCCUACUGCUCCAAGCUGGUCAAUGUCAUGCAGGAUCUGCAGGUGAGUGUCACAUAGCACUUUCACUUGCUAACUCAUUGCCUUUGGCAUUGAGGUAAUGUUGUUGUGUGUGUAGUCUCUUCGCAGGGGAUCCACAGUGUUUGCUGGGAAACAUGGCUUCAUCACCCUGAGAGAUCUGUUCCGCUGGGCCGACCGCUAUCGGCUGGAGGAGCAGACGGAUGACGCACGCGAUUGGCUGCAGCAUUUGGCUGAUGAUGGUAAGGACCAAUCGAAUCACAUCCCUAUCUUACGCAAAAUGCACAUUUCGUUUUUUGUCUCUUGCUUUUUCUGUAAUUUCUUUCAAUUUGAUUGUGUCAAUGACACAUCCACUUCAUAUAAUGUAAUCAAACCCAAUGCAUUCUCUGUCUCUGUCUCUCUCUCAGGGUUCAUGCUGCUGGCUGGGCGGGUCAGGAAGCCAGAGGAGGCCACCACCAUCCAGUCUAUCCUGGAGAAACACUUCAAGAGGACGGUGAACCCUGACAACCUGUUCUCAGAGGAGCAGCUCACCGCACAGUUUAGUGAGUAGAGCAGAGCCUGGUUCACACACACAGACGCCAAUUUAACACAACUGAGUGCAUGACCUUGUUCUUCAGUCAAUUCAUAUUAGAGGAGAUUGUCAACAACACAGGAAAGCAUUCAACUAAAACUAUAAUGUCAAAGUGCAGAAUAUGAUAGGGAGAAUGUUCAAUAUAAAGAUGUGGUCCUAUGAGUGCAUGUAAGAGAAGCCUCAGAUAACCCGUGGUUGUACGUACUCAAUAUGUACUUCACUGUUCUCCAUUAUUUGGGGUCAAUAGUGUGUGAACAUGAAUAUUGAGUGUGAAGUGGAUGGAUUGUGUGUCAUGUGGUGUUGUCCUUCUCAACUGGAAUGACACCACCUCCCUUUGCGUAACAUACUCUAAUAAUUGUAAUCAAGUUUAGUAGGCCAUUUUUAUUGGCCAGUGUGUCAGAAGAAUUAAUCUGGGAAUAUUGUGAUUGGCAGGUCCGUUCGUGGACAGCUUUGCGGGAGUGCCUGAGGAGUUCCGUCACAUGGUGUGGACACGGGGGAUGAGGAGACUGGCCGUGCAGUUGGGUCGGGCCCUGCGUUUCGGGGAGUCUGUUCUAUUGGUGGGAGACACUGGGUACGAUUCAUACAGAGUUCCUGAUUGUCCAUUUGAAUUAUAAAUAUAAUUUCCAAAGCAAGCAUGGUAAAGUGAAUGGGUUCGUAGUACCUAAAGAAAGACAACACUCUGUCUACUUCUCCUGAAGCCACUACAUUAAAGUAUUAGCCUCCAGAAUGACAGAUCAGUUAGAACAAGUUCUCCUCCCCCCCAGGUGUGGUAAGACCACCAUCUGCCAGCUGUUUGCUGCGCUGGCUGGACAGAAGUUAUUCUCCCUCAACUGUCACCUGCACAUGGAGACGUCUGACUUCCUGGGAGGCCUGCGUCCUGUCAGACACACUGGGACACAGCAGGUAGAUAGAUACUACACUGUUAUUGGGCACAAUCUAAAUUAGCUAUGAAUUUUAUCAGGCUCAACAAAGCUUUCAUAAACCCUUUAUAAGGCAUUUAUAACUUACAGUAAUUGAGGUAAAAGUGCUGCUAUAUUAGUAAAGACAAUGCAGUCACAAAUGAUAAUGCAACAGAUAAUGCAGUCCCACUGACCCGUUGUGUGUUGGUACAGGCAGACGCUGAGGACGGCAGGUUGUUUGAGUGGCACGACGGGCCCCUGGUUCUGGCCAUGAGAGAAGGAGGGGUGUUCCUCAUGGACGAGAUCUCCCUGGCUGACGACUCUGUGUUGGAGAGACUCAACAGGUACACACACACACUGACUAUGUUCCAAUAUCGGCACCAGCGUACUACUUAGAAUCCUUGCCCAAUACAUUACUUCAUUCUAAAUGGUACGCUAGUGUGGAUUUAGGAAUAGAGUCACUUCCUCAAAAAUAAUUAGCGUAUAGCACUUCAUUAGAUAGCAUUGACCUCUAAGUUCUGACCCUGCUUUCUGAUUGGCUCAGUGUCCUAGAGACGGAGAAGUCUCUGGUGCUGGCAGAGAAAGGUAGUGGAGAUGAUGACGACGUGGAGCUGAUUACAGCAGGGCAGAACUUCCGCAUGGUAGCCACAAUGAACCCUGGGGGAGACUUCGGGAAGAAGGAGGUGAACAGUCUAUAUUCUAUGAUUCUAUUCCUUUCUAACUCUGCCUCUACAGGACGACAAGCAGUUCUGUUUGUUAUGUAUCAGUCCAACUUGUUAACAUUUCUCUGUGUGUAUCCAGCUCUCCCCUGCACUGAGGAACAGGUUCACAGAGAUCUGGUGCCCCCAGAGUAACAUCCGCAGUGACCUGGUGCAGAUCAUCCAGCACAACCUGAGGACUGGCCUCUCAUUGGACGAUAACGAUCACCGAGGUACUCCUUUCCUCCACAGACAUAAUACAUCUAUUCAUCUAGGAGUAGCAUUUAAUACGCUAGAAUAGUCUGACUGCAUAUUUUAUAUAAACUUCUCCUGUUUUUGUUGUGCUUUGCUUCAAAUGUGUUGCACCCUCUGUGUUAUUUGGCACCAGUACUUUCAAUAUCGAUUUUAUUUCCUUGUUGUGGCCAUCUCUCAUCGUGACCCUUUGACCCCCAACCCAGGAGGAGACAUCGCUGAGCUCAUGCUCGACUUCAUCGACUGGCUGACCAACCAGGACUUUGGGCGGCGCUGCGUGGUCAGCGUCAGGGACAUCCUGUCCUGGGUCAACUUCCUCAACCUGGUGUGUGAGCGCGACGCCGACGGCUUCAUGACCAUGGGGGACGAGGGCGAGGAGGAGGAGGCCGAGUGGGACCUCCGGCUGGACACGGUGACUGCCUUCAUCCACGCAGCGUGCCUGGUCUAUGUGGACGGCAUCGGCUCAGGUCAGACACCGGGACACAGACUGUUGUUGAUGUGGAAUUACAACAGCAAAUGAUCUGGUGCCAGAUUUGUUUUGCUUAUGUAUGGCUAGAAUACACACCAUGUGUAAGACACUGCCUGCUGUUGUAUGAGGCUUAGUAACUCAUAUAAUAAUUGAAUCUAUGAUGUCACAGGGACCACCGUGUCUGCUGCGGAGCACGCCCUGGUGGCGCGCAGGGCCUGCCUGAGCUUCCUGCAUACCAAGCUGGGUGGGAUCAUCAAGCUGGACCAGGAGAUGCUAGACGCCCUGAGGGUCUACGACACCAGCCUGUCCAGGGAGCCCCAGUGGGGGGACGACUUCUUUGGCAUCGACCCCUUCUACAUCCCCUCAGGUGGGGACACUUUGAUCCUAGACUAGAGCAUGGGCCCUGGUCAAAAGUAGUACACUAUAUAGGGAAUAGGGUGCCAUAGGAAGCAAGCCUAGACUAGAGCAUGUAGUUUAAUGGAUCUGUUUUUGUAAAACAUCCUUCAGUUUCUGUGUGUCAUAAGAGUUGGUCUUGAAUGUGUUUGACCUUUUUCAUUGAUUUUGUUUCCUUUUUCCAUCAAUUUUUUUGUCCUUUAUUCUGAUCAGGCCCCGAGAGUGAAGGCAGGAGCCUGACUGACUAUGCCAUAGCCGCAGGCACCACAGCGGUCAACGCCCAGAGGCUCCUACGGGCCCUGAAGCUGCAGAGACCUGUGCUGCUGGAGGGCUCCCCUGGAGUGGGCAAGACCAGCCUGGUGGCCGCCCUGGCAAAGGCUUCUGGGAACCACCUCGUCAGGAUCAACCUCUCUGAGCAGACUGUAAGACGCUGUUCACAAACUUUCACUGGGGCUCUUGUGUUAAUACAGAAGGCUUUUACUAUGAUUAUGCCAAUUUAAAAUGUUACUUAAAGUUUCUGGAUUCAUAUUUUGUAUACAGUGGGUAUAGAAAGUCACCACCCCCUUUCAAAAUGUUCACCUUUUGUUGCCUUACAGCCUGAAAUGAAAACACAUCAAAUCAGACUUUUUCUGGCUUUAUUUACACACAGUAACCCACAAUAUCCAAGUGAGAAAAAUGUAAACUGUAAAAUACCCUAUUUGGUUAAGUGAACCCCCCCCUAGAAUUGCAAUUGCAACCUUGCUGAGGUAUAAACAACCACCUUCCAGAUCAAAAAUCAAGCUAAUUUGCUUCCAUCUGUGAUCAGUUAUAGUGACUUUGAUUAGUUCAGAAUAAAAGCAGUUGUUCAUAGAGGACUCCACUGCUUAGUAGUGCAAUUCAAAGCAAAGAAUCCACUAUGGGCGGAAAGGUACUUUCAAAAGAUCUACGAGAUAAAGUUGUUUAAAGGCACAAGUCAGGGGAUGGCUAUAAAAAUAUUUCAAAAGGCUUUGUCUAUCCCUCGGAGUACAGUUAAGACUGUUAUUAAGAAGUGGAAGGCAUAUGGCAACCACCCAGAUCCUGCAUAGAUCAGGCCGUCCCUCCAAACUGGAUGACUGGGCAAGGAGGAGACUGAUCAGAGAGGCUACCAAGAAGCCAAUGGCAACUUUGAAGGAGCUUCAGGCCUUUAUGGCAAAAUAAUGGUCAAUGUGUGCAUGUGACCACAAUAUCACAAGCGCUCCACAAAUCUGGCCUCUAUGGGAGGGUGGCAAGAAAAAAAACACUCCUCAAAAAAGGCAACAUCAAGUCUCGUUUGAGCUUUGCCAAAAAGCACAUUGUAGAUUCUGAGGCCAAGUGGCAAAAGGUGCUGUGGUCAGAUGAGACCAAAAUUGAACUUUUUGACCUGAACGCAAAAUGAUGUCUGGCGAAAACUUUUCCACCCAAAGAACACCAUGCCUACAGUAAAGCACGGCGGUGGCAGCAUCCUGUUGUGGGGGUGUUUCUCUUCAGCAGGGACUGGAACACUUGUCAGGAUAGAAGGGAAAAUGGACAGUGCAAAAUACCGACAGAUUCUUGAGGAGAACCUGCAGCCCUCUGCCAGGAAGUUGAAAAUGGGAAGAUGGUUCACGUUUCAACAUGACAAUGACCCAAAGCACACCGCCAAAGCAACCAUACAGUGGCUGAAGGACAAGAAGGGAAAUGUCCUUGAGUGGCCCUAGUCAGAGCCCCGACCUAAAUCCCAUCGAGAAUCUGUGGAAUGACUUGAAGAGUGCAGUCCAUGAGCGGUCGCCAUGCAAUUUCACUGAGCUUGAACAUUUCUGCAAAGAAGAAUGGGCAAAUAUUGCACAAUCUAGGUGUGCAAAGUUAGUAGACGUAUUCAAAGAGACUCAUGGCUGUAAUUCAAGCAAAAGGUGGUUCCACCAAGUAUUAACUCUGGGGGGGUGUUCACUUAUCUAAAUAAGGUAUUUUACUGUUUUAAUUUUCAGCGUUUUUUUUUAGAUUUAUUUUUCACUUGGAUAUUGUGGGUUACUGUGUGUAAAUAAAGCUGGGAAAAAGUCUGAUUUUAUGUGUUUUCAUUUCAGGCUGUAAGGCAACAAAAGGUGAACAUUUUGAAAGUGGGUGGCUUUCUAUACCCACUGUAUAGUAUUAUUAUGUCAUUUUUGAACUUUCAACUUCAGGUACAUCAUAUUGUCGUACUGUUAUAAAUUUAUACGAUUGUGAAAUUAAAUGAGUGAGGAAUUAACAACACAGUAAUGGACAAGUGGAAGCACUUUUAACCUAUAUAUGAUGUCAUUUCAUUUCCUGACAGGAUGUGACAGACCUGUUUGGGACCGACCUGCCUGUGGAGGGAGGAAAAGGGGGAGAGUUUGCAUGGCGGGAUGGCCCUCUCCUGGCUGGACUGAAGGCUGGACACUGGAUUGUCCUGGAUGAGGUGGGGGCUCAUUAACUCACCAGCAAAUAGACAUUUGUAUAAACUUACUUGAAUUUGUGUUGUUUUAGGUGAAAUUUCGUGGGACCACAGAAAUGUUUGGAGAAGAAUGAGAUUUUAUGACACGUCUAUUUUUCGGUGUUUUUCUGUGUAGUUAAACUUGGCAUCACAGUCAGUCCUGGAGGGGUUAAACGCCUGCUUUGACCACCGUGCUGAGAUCUACAUCCCAGAGCUGGGCAUGAGCUUCCAGGUGCAACACGAGAAGACAAAGAUCUUUGGCUGCCAGAACCCCUUCACACAAGGAGGGGGGCGCAAGGGCCUGCCCAAAUCCUUCCUCAACAGAUUCACUCAGGUAAGUGAUAAAGAGCUAGUGUUUUUUUAGAUAUAUUAUGUAAUACAUAUUAUGGUUGAUUGAAUAUAUUUUAGUCAUUUGGGGAAAUAAACUGACAUUUCACCUAUUUUCUCAGGUGUUUGUGGAUCAACUGACCAGUGAGGACAUGGAAUUCAUAGGUGACUCCAUCUUCCCGAACAUUGACAAUCAGAUCAUCUCUAAAAUGGUGCAGUUCAACAACCGGGUAGGUAGAGCAGUCCUGUUACACUGACAGUUUUUUGGCUCUGUGACCGUUGACCAUUGGGGAGGUGACAUGUGUCCAUAUUUGACCUCACUGUGCCAGCCAAGGACAAUGCCCACCAGCCUGUAGAGCAGCGGCCGAUGUUCCUCACAUUUAGUGCAUGGCAAAGUGACCAAAAACACAAUGUCCUUGUCAAAUGGGAUCACUAUAGUCCCUCUGAUUUAUGUUGAGGACUUUUCCACUUUAACUGUCCCCUCUGUAAUGUCAUGAAGUGACUAAGCCCCCCCCCCCCCAAUUUCAGUGUUGGCCACCAUAUUUCUCCUAGUCCUUUUUUGCUGUCUUAAACACCAAUUUGCCCAGCCACUCACAUUCUUUAACACUGUUCCCCUAAAAAACAGACAGUAAAAAUAUUAUGUUUUGAUGGACAUAAGUUCUAAGUUGUAUUCUUAUUUUCUCACAGCUGGUCCAUGAGGUGUCUGUGGAGAGGAAGUGGGGUCAGAGAGGAGGCCCCUGGGAGUUCAACCUGCGUGACAUGUUCCGCUGGUGUCAGCUGAUGCAGACCGACCAAUCACCAGGGUUCUUCAACCCGGGGCAGCAUGUGGGGUUGGUGUACGCUGACAGGAUGAGGACCGAGGCAGACAAAGCCCAGGUAUGUAGACUACAACUCCUGUACAUAUGUAGUACCUUUACUUGGUGGGUUUGUGUUCAAACUUUCUUUUUUAUCUCUUGACGUGUUUUGUGUGUUGUCUUCAGGUGCUGUCUGUGUUCAGGAAGGUGUUUGGUGAGGACUUUGAGCCCUACACCGGAUCAAGACAAUUCCACAUCACUCCACUCAAUUUGCAGGUCUGUCAUGUUGCGAACUCCAUCCAAUUUUCGGUUGAAAGAUAUUAUCAAUAAAUGUUUUGAUCGUACUGAUAACAUGGUGUCAUUCAGAGCUAAUUAUCGAGGCAGUGAAUUGACCUUCCUCUCUGUCCUCCUCCUCUCUCCCUUUCAUCCAGGUGGGCUUCUCUGUGCUCCAGCGUAGCGGAGGAGCCCCUGUGGCCCUGGACCCCCCUCUGUCCAUCACCCACCAGGCGCUGCGGCCCCUGGAAUCCCUGAUGAAGUGUGUGGAGAUGGGCUGGAUGGCAGUGCUGGUUGGCCCCACGGCCAGCGGAAAGACUAGCCUGGUGCGCCUCCUGGCUCUGCUCACCGGACACCGCCUCCGCGUCAUGGCCAUGAACAGCGCCAUGGACACCACCGAGCUGCUGGGAGGGUUCGAGCAGGUAACCAAUCACAGAGAGACUUUUGCGAGGAUCAUUUUGAGCAAGGUGAUGAGCAGAAUGGUUAUGUGAUCAAGACACAUAAUGAGUAGUAAUUAGGAAUGCAAGGUGAUUUGUAGAUCAGUGAUUCUGUGCAGUCCGACUGCAAUUUAGUCAAACACGCUUCUUUGUAGGGUAAGUUCUUUGUAGCAUUUGUGAGCUUUUAGUAUAGAGUGUUGAAUUAUAGUGCUGGUUGAGUUGGGAUUGCAGCACGGGUUGGGUUGGCUCCCUUUCCUUUUCAAGAGCGUUGAGUUGGGUCGGUUUCUUUUCCAGGUGGACAUCGUGCGGCCCUGGCAGCAGGUGCUGGAGAACGUGGACUACAUCGUUGCCAUGGUGACGCGGCGGGGUCUGAUGUCGCUGGACGGGGCGGGGGUGCAGGAUACAGAGUUCCUGUUGAAGACCUGGAGCCUGUUCUACCGCUGGCUGAAGGAGGAGGGGCUGGAGAGGACCGGGGGGACAGUGACCUCGGAGGCACUCAACAAACUGGAGGUCAUCAUCCUCCUUCUGCAGAAGCUUAACACCAAACUCAAGGUGUUCACAGGUAAUGUCUUUUUGUCAACUUUAUUUUUUAUUGAAGAACACAAACAGGCAGGAAGGUACAUCACAAAUGCAUCGGACAAUUACAUCUUCCUACAGGUAAUGUCAGGACCAGGCAGCUCCCUCUGGAACAGACUAUCACUAGAAUCAUGGUGACGGAGUGUAUGGGUAGUGAUUUAAUGAAAUGUUUGAAGUAAGUAGUACAUUUGGGUGCUAAUGGGUCGUUCUACACUAGUUCGUUCUACACUAGGUCAUUCUACACAGGCGCUGUGGGAAAACGAACCAUAACAUUUUGCUCACAGCACGUGUCAUUGCUAGAGGAAAAGAUCUCCCCGUCUUCAUGUGAUAAACUCUGGGUGAGUAGUGUAAACUCUAUGUUCUGUGUCCCCACCCUCCCUCAAGACAUGUCCAAGCUGCAGAUGGACUUCACCCUGCUGAAGGAGCGUCUGGCCCAGCUGCAGGACGGCUGGAGUAACGGAGGCUUUGAGUGGCUGGACGGCAUGCUGGUGCAGGCCCUACAGGCUGGGGAUUGGCUGCUCAUGGACAACGUCAACUUUUGCAGGUGAGAAAUGCAGCCAAUGGCAUGACUAGGACCUGCAUCUGAAAUGAUCACAAUAAAGCUAAUAAUAACACUACAUUUGUCAUUUAAAGUAGAUUAGGCCUUUAGCAGAACCAGGGCCUGAAUCUGAAAUGAUCACAUUGAAGGAAAUGAUACCGCUAUAUUUCUUAGGUAGUUCCUGAAACCCUUGGUCUGAGUUAACCCUUGGUCUGAUGCAGGAUGCCACCAGAGUGUGUUGCAGAUGGUAGACGUGUGGUAAAUGGCUGUUAUGUUUGUGUUAAGUCCUUCUGUGUUGGACCGUCUGAAUGCCCUGCUGGAGCCCGGCGGCUGUCUGACCAUCAACGAGCGCGGGGUCAUCGACGGAACCACACCCUCCAUCACCCCACACCCCAACUUCAGGUAAAAUACAAAGGAUUACACACACACACACACACACACUCUGUUUGGAUAGUCCAGUCUCAACUCAUCAUGUCUCCCAUCUCCUUUAGGUUGUUCCUGACCAUGGACCCAGUCCAUGGACAGAUCUCCAGAGCCAUGAGGAACCGAGGGGUGGAGAUCUACAUCCCAGGGGAACACGAGGGCGUCUGCUGGGACACGCUGGACCUGAAGACUGUGCUCCACACCGCUGGGGUGACCGGAGACUGUGUGUGUGACCUGCUGAUCGAGAUACACACCGACAUCAAAGCUACCAUCUGGGGUGAGCACUGGGCACUGAGAGAAACCUCUCCAAAUGAAGUCGGAUAUCAGUUAGAUGUCAGCUGGGGAUGGCAACUUGCUUGUUUCUUCAAAUGAAAGGUGUCCAUAGAUGGUAUCCAUAUGAAUCUCUCUCUCUGUCCAUCCAGACUCCCCUGCGUCAUGUGUCUCCUCCCUGCUCCACGCUGCAGCCCUGCUGUCCUGCCAGCUGCAGAGAGGGGUGGACCUGCCCAGUGCCCUGCAGCACGCCUGUGGGGAGGCUUACUCCCUCUGCCAACGCACCAACGCCAGCCAACGGGUACCAACCAACACCAGCUUGUCUAUUAUAGAACACUGUUUAAAACUCUCACUGCUACCCUCAGUCAAUCAGCCUCUCCCUGUUACUCUGUGAUGUAGCAUACCCUGCCGACCAGUCUAGAUCUGUGUAGUGACAUCCCACUGUCCAAUACGACUUUUAUUGUCAUAUUAUAUCAUAUUUAUAAGCUUGACAUGUUUUGUCCUAUGCUCUGUUUGUUCCAGCAAGCCCAGGAGGUGAUUGAGCGGCACCUGUCCAUCCUGGACACAGAGGACUGGGGCAGCGGACUGCUGUGUGCCGGGGUGUGGCCCGAUGGCUUCCCCUCUGCCCUGCUAUCCACGGAGGACUCCUGCUUCUCCUCGGUCCUCCGCGACGGACAGGUCCUCUCCUUCUGCCUCAACACGCUCAGCAUGCAGGGCAAGAGGUGAGACUCGUAUGUCACAGGUCGGGCCAGGAGUUUUUACUGAUCAUAUGACAAACAGGUUAGAACUAGGCCCCAGAGUUUUACCGGGACUUAUUGUCACUACCGUUUAGCUUGACUUGUGUCUGUGUGUGUCACCAGGAGCCGUCCGCUGAGCCUGUGUGACCUCCAGAGGGCGCUUCAGAGCGGGACAGUGCUGCACGAGGGUCUGGUGUUCUCCGGCGGCGUAGUGGACCUGGUGGAGGACGGUGACGCCCUACGCCUGCUGCCCACCGCCGUCAGGCUGCUCAUCGAAAGGGCCUCACACUCCGACUGGAUGCUCCGUACCGCCUGGCUCUCCAGCCUAGCCAAGAGCUACAAGCACGCCCCUGGUAGGAAGCUCACUCACUGCCCUUAUUCCUAGGGCUUUUAUCCUUUUUGGAGCUUUGUUGCUACCUACCAGGGGUGUGCAUUUGGUUUAUGUUACUGUUUAUGUCAAGGGACUACUCUGUGGUCAGUGGAGCUUUGUAGCUGUCUGUCUAUGUGGUGCAUGUUACUCUUAAGGACCUCUCUGAGAUCAGUUUGUUGUUUACAGAGGUGGCGCUGGUGCAGCUGGAGGCAGGGAACAGAGCUCUGAAGGCCAUGUUCAGCAGCAAGCUGACUGUGAAGGGGAAGUGCCUCACUGAGCUGCUGCAACCACACAGCACAGGUAGGCUAAACUAACUCAAUUCCUCAACGUAUACUCUGUAUACCGAUUGUACAAAAAAAAAAAACUCCCCAGCUAUUUCGGAACACCCUCCAGCUCUUUUUCACAGAUCUUACAUACCAUAACUCCCAUCAAAACAUUUACUUUUCACAAAUUGAACAACUGACAUUACUGGUCAUGUCUGUGUUCUUGUUAGAUGACUACAGGAUUCUGGUGGACAUGCGUUGGAACAAGCAGUACCUGGACAUUCUGGCCAACACGUGUAACUUUGAGGACGAGGAGAGGUACAUGGAGUUCAUGGAGGCCCUCAACGCAGUGGCCAACAGGUAUGUGUCUGCCUGUGUCCCAAAUGGCUCCAUAUUCCCUAUAUAGUGCACUGCUUUUUGACCAGGGCAUAUGGGGCUCUGGUCAAAACGAGUGCCUUAUAUAGGGAAUAGGGAUCAAUUUGGGACACAGCCUCCAUCCGGUAGUCUGGCUGUUUAGUAACUGGGUUUACAUGGUGGCUGUGGUUGUUGAGUAACCUGGAUGUGAUGUGUGUCUUUACAGGAUCAUACUGUUGAUGGACAGAGAGGAGAGGGCUGCGGUGGGGAGCUGCGCUAUCAAGACAUCAGCACACAACAGUGCAUUGAGGCUGGCCACUGCUUUCUCUAAAGGUACACAAAUACAUAUUCACUAGUGUAGGUGAGUUUCUUCUCCAUCUUCACUUGGUGACUGUACACUACACCAUGUUUAACAAAACCCAGUGGAAGUCCUUGUUCAAGUAUAUAGUAAUUUGUCACUGUACACAUAUAAAGGUUUUAAUAUUGUUGGUGUUCUAAUAUUAGUGUUUGUUUUGACCGUUAAAGGGACGGUGGACAUUGGGCAUCUGCCCCACCCAGUGCUGAUGCACCUGCGCUCCUUCUUUGACCUGUGGGACACCUUCACACUGCAGGCCGUGCAAUCUGGACAACCCUACAUAUCUGACCAUCUCAUGUUCGAGGUUCGUCGAACUCAGUCACUACAGUCAUAAUACCGUAGUAGUCAUUGUAGUUCCAUUUUUAGUUUUUCUCAUUCAGUAACCGUCGUCAACCUUGGCUUAACUUCUUUUUGUGUGUUGUGUCCACCACAGAAUGAAAUAGAACGGUAGUAAUAAAUAUUAUCUCUAUGGUGUCCACAGAUCCUGCAGCUGCUGCAGUGGAGAGACCGGUUCUGGCAGGUGUGUAACUCUCUGCCUGCCGACUCCCAGGGAGUGUCGGUCCUCUCGCUACACUGGCAGUGGGUGCAGAAACACCUCAUCCUCCGGCUGCCACAGCUGUUACUGGGAGAUGGCACCCAUGAGUGAGUACCGCCUUCCUUUUACCCAGGAGUCACUAUUAGAAUCCUCCAAUAGACAUUCUGGACAUUAGAAUCGAUGACAUUGACUUGACUGUAAAAGUUGUUUUGUCUGCGUCCCAAAUGGUGCCCUAUUCCCUACAUUGUACACUACUUUUGACCGGAGCCAGUGUACUAAUAUAGGGAAAGGUCAUUUGGGAGGCAGACUUUGUGUUUUCUGGCUGCAAUGUAAUGACUGACAACAACCAUGUUCUAUCCUGCUGUUCCAGUGGUCAGCAGGAGCUCCAGACGGUGUCAGCUGCCAUCCAGACCGUCCUGUCCACCUCUGUUACCAUGGCCACCGCCCUGAAGAGCAUCCAGAAGAUGCUGGGGAAACCCCUUCCAUUCAAGGUACAGAGAAACACAAACACUACCUACCUUUACACUCCCCUAACUGUUAUUGGCACUCAAACAAGUGGAGUAGAGGUGCUAACUUAAAUAAUCAAAUGAUACCAGAAGAUCUCUGAAGUUGAAUUCUCCAUUAUAAAAAAAUAAAAAAAUAAAAAAAAUGUAUUGUCAAAGUUAAAAACAUUGAAUAACGUAUUUGUCAGACACCUUCAUCAGAUAGAGUUCCAUGGAGAUAGUCAUGUGAUAUGAAGCUGUCUCCCUCUCCAUCUCCCGUAGCUGGAGUCUGUGGCUGAGUGUGCUUCCCAGCUGAGGGUCCUGAGCAGGGCCCUGGACGUGGGCGACUUGAGGCUGGACAACACAGCCUCUCUGUGGAGACAGGAGCUGGUCCGCCUGCAGGGAGCCGCUCUGGGCCUGGACACAAAGGAAAGCCUGCUAGAAGCCUGGGGCCUGGUCUUGCUAGCCAACAACCAGCUAGAGCCCCAGAACUCAGGUAACCUGGUGCUACAGAGUGAAGUAUGUGUCUCUUUGUCUGUGUGUCUGUCUGUGUUUGCGUCUGUCUAACUAUUAAUUAUUCCAUUCUAUCCUGACCCCAGGUGUCCUAGAGAGGCUGGUGUCGUGCGUACAGCAGCAGCAGGAUCACAUGACCUUGUGUGGCCUUCUGGAGGUACACUCCUCCAUGCAUGAUGAGGGGGACCAGGGGGACAGUGCCCCUCCCUGUAGGGAGGUGUUACAGCAGCUCAGCCGCAGGGCCCAGCUCUGGCCACUCAUGGAGGAACUGGCCGUACUCAACCAGCUCAGGCUCAGCACCGACCUGCUGCAGCUGGCUCUCACACAGGGGUAAGAGACGGCCAAAACUGGGUCAACGGAGGAAAUACAUUCAUGGAGGAUGGAGGAUUAUCUUGCUUUACUGAAUCAGAUUUUGAAUCAUGCCUGAAAGUAUCUAUUGUUUCAAAUGUAUCAUCUUGGCAUAUUAAAAACAUCACACAAAACCACCAAUAAUGACAUAAAAAAUAAGUUUGUUGUGUCAUGUAGUUGUAUCGAUAACUAACUAGAGUUGACUUUUGUCCACAGGGACAGGGAUUCAGAGGACAGCCUGCGUCGUGAGGUCUCCCAACACCUGCGCUUCUGUCUCCAGUCCACCCCCAUGAACGUCAGCCAGCUCCAGCCCCUUUGGUUCCUCCUCAGCAGUGACCGGGUCAGUGGUUCAACCAGUUUACCCUCAGUAUAAUUGAUUGAUUUAUUAAUUUGUAUUGUCCUUCAAGAGGACAUUCCUGUACCUGUGCCUCAAACAUAGAGCAGAAGAUGUGGUUUUGUGUCAUGUGUUGUUGACUGUGGUGCCUGCCUGCAUCUCCCCUCCCAGCCUGUGGAGGAGCUGCAGUUUGUGUGGUGUGAUCUGCUGUCGGAGGCCCUGUCGGCCCUGUGGAGCAGCAGUGUGACCUCUGACCCCGAGCGCUGGCUGAAGUGGGACCCCAUGUGUCCUGAGGGCCAGAUGAUAUCAUCCAAGUCACCUCUGGGACCUGAAAUAAUGGUAGCUAAUGGAACAUCUAUGAUAUUAGAGAGCUUGCCAAAACAAACUCAAUGUGUGUUGAUGUCAAUGAUGUUGAUUUGAUUUGUGCAUCAGGAUUUGGACCCAUUUACAUCACAGAAUUUAAUUCAAUUUCCUGCCAUUCUGAUUCCAAUAUGUUACUUCUUAACCUUGUCCCCAGGCUCAGUUGCUACCACAUACAGAGCCGGCUGGUGGACAAGAUUAGUUCAUUCUUUAAUAGAAUUUGCGUUUUCCAUAACUGAUGCGUUCACUCACUCUCCUUGUGUCACCUCUAGGGUCCUGACAUGCUGAGCAAAGCAGUGUGGUCCAGGUGCAUGUUAGGGGUUCUUAGCAGCAGCGAGACAGGGGGACGUUGGGACCCCACGGGGACAACCCUCUUAUCCUCGUCCCGGGUCACCCUGGGGGAGUGGAGGGAGAGGACUGAGCAGCUCCAAGAUGUCACCGCCGUGCUGUGGGACAACAUGGCUGUCCCGGCCCUGGCUGAGUUCAGGUACCUCAGGCUCAUAGAGAGGAAUCACCAUACACAACAUAUAGAACGCUGGCACUAUAAAUAGAAAACCUCCUUACCCUACCUAUAUCAAGAGUGGUGCACACAAUCUAUGGUUUUGAUGCAUGUCUAUAAGACCGCUAUUCAUAUUCAUUUCAUUUGGCUAGAUUAUCUCUAUCUGUCUCACACUCUCUCUCUCUCUCGGUUCUCUCAGGAGUACUGACCUGCGGCUGCAGGGUGUGGUGCUGCGCAGGCAGCUACAAUCCCUGUCGGAGCUGCUCCCCCCAGGGCUGCAGGAGGGCUACACAGAGACCUGUGAGAGCUUGGUGGAGGACCAGGACCCUCUGGUAGCUGCCCAGGAGGUCCAGACGCCCUCAGGGACUUCCUGCCCCCCAACCUGCUCCCCGAAGGCCUGCUGGACGCCCUCCUCACCUGCCUGCAGCAGUUUGUCCAGAACAGGGUCCAGGGCUCCAUCCGCGUCCAGGGCUUCAGCCAGCUGGUCCGCUCCGGAGUCUUCUGGGUCAACAUGGGCCUGCUGCAGAUUAAGACCUGGACCCCACAGACCAUCUUCGACCCGGCCGUGAAGAGAGCCUACAAGCUGGACUACGCCCAGGAGGAGGUGGGCCACUGUCAAUGCAGCAGUCUCUUAUUCCUUUCAACAUUGUACAGUAGUAGAGGGUAGUAAUGACAGGAGAUAUUAAGUCUCUUAACUUUUUAACAUUGGAGUAGAGAUCCAUUAUGUUCUCUUAUAUGUGACGUCGACGGUGCCUCUUCCUCUCUUUCCCAGCUGGCUUUGCUGCAGGAGGAGUGGAGAGGACGCAGUCUGUCCUCUCAGCUGCUGACCGGAGCUGAGCUGGAGGAAAGCAGCACCACUGACGGCUUCCAGCAUCCUCGCAUCAGGUGAACGACCGUCCACAGUAUCAAAACUCAAUGUGUCUGACCUAAAACACCAUGGCACUAUAUUAUGCAUUUGGCCACGGAUAGUUCUGGUUGACUAGUUUUUGCCAGAUAGGGUCUUUUUAAACUUAAUUGUCUCUGUGUCUGCAAGGUACCUGUGGAUCCGUAUGCAGCAGGUGAAGGAGCAGAUAGCAGAGCUCUCCAGGAAGCAGGCCUGCAGGCCCAACGAGCCCCAGUACGGCAGGCUCUUCCAGGAGCUGCAGCACUACCUCUGCAGCAUCGGCCAGCCAGCCGCUGUGGAAGACCUGCUCUCCCACCUGCUGAAAGCCCUCCAGGGGAGCGGCCCCAAAUUCAGGUUGGGGACUCAGGGCCUGCUGAAGGAGGAGGCCGUGUGGCAGGCCUCGCAGCACCGCUUCGCCCAGAGGCUGGCGGAGGAGUACCCGCUGUACCCUGACGUGGUGGGGCCCCUGAGGACCGCCAUCCUCCAGCUCCGGCACGGCAUGAGGCUGGUGGCAUCCCAGGUGGCCUCCUCCCUCACCCCCAUUCCUGGCCUGCCCAAGCUGGUGUCCUGCCUGCUGGCCUUCCCCUCUGUGUCCCCCAGCCUGCCCUCUUACUUGGCCAGGGCAGACUACCUGUGCUCCAGGGGGUGUAUGGAUGUUCUGAGGGGCCUAGGGAAGCUCUUACCCCAGCAGGACCUGGAUCAAGUGGUCCCAGAGCCCGGGAUGUUACUCCUGAACGCUCUGCUGUACCUGCAGUGUCACGCCCUCUCCACAGGCCAGCUCAGCCAGGACACACUCAAACUCUUCAGACACAUCUGUCAGGUGGGCAUCACAGGUUUUGAUUGGAUAACAUUGGAUGUCCACUUUUUGAUUGGUGUUUGUGGUCUGAUCUUAUUGGUUGAUAGUCAGGUGGACCAACCAGUGUUCAUGUUGUUUGCCAUGUGAUAUGUCCAGGCUCUGGUGAAUGAGUGGGACGAGCAGGAGAGACGUGCACGGGAGAGGAGAGCAGCUCGAGGCCAGUCUGUACCGCCACCGAAGCAGACUCCACGGAACGGGACUGAGCGAGGACGAGCAAGAGGAGAGAGACUUCAGACGCUGCUUCCCCCAGUUCAACAAGGUACGGUAUAGUACCAAUGUAAUCUCUCUUUGGUUUAUCACAUUUCACUAUCACCUUGUCACCUUUGCAUCCAUAACUCACCUGCCUCUCUCGCUCUCUCAAAUGCUCUCGCUCUCUAUAACGCUCUCUCUCUAUAUAACGCUCUCUCUCUCUUACGCUCUCUCUCUCUCCCUAUAACGCGCCUUAUUCUCUCUCUAACGCUUCUCUUAUACGCUCUCUCUCUCUCUAUAACGCUCUCUCUCUCUAUACGCCUAUCCCUCUCCUCGCUCUCUCUCUCUAUAACGUUCUCUCUCUCUUCCUCUCUCUCUCUCUAUAACGCUCUCUCUCUCUCUAUAACGCUCUCUCUCUCUCUAUAACGCUCUCUCUCUCUAUAUAACGCUCUCUCUCUCUCUAUAACGCUCUCUCUCUCUCUAUAACGCUCUCUCUCUCUCUCUAUAACGCUCUCUCUCUCUAUAACGCUCUCUCUCUCUAUAACGCUCUCUCUAUAACACUCUCUCUCUCUCUCUAUAACGCUCUCUCUCUCUAUAACGCUCUCUCUCUAUAACACUCUCUCUCUCUCUCUAUAACGCUCUCUCUCUCUCUAUAACGCUCUCUCUCUCUCUAUAACGCUCUCUCUCUCUCUCUAUAACGCUCUCUCUCUAUCACUUUCUCUUAUCUCUCUCGCCUCAGGACUUUGCUGACAUCACUGCCCAGCCCAGUCUGGAAGGACCGGCAGACAGAGGAGAGCCAGAGGAGGAGGAAGUGACAGAGGAUCCCAGCGAGGCUGGCUUCCUUUCUCCAGCCUGUAUGAACACUGUGGUACAGGUCCAUCAACGCCUCUGUCUGGGCUACACCCAAUCACUGUGGUACCAGGCCAGUGCUCCAGCCAAUCACAGCAGAGAUCACAUCCGAGCUCUGGUCUCCUCCUAUCAGACCACAGCCCCUGUGAUGUCACGCUUCUACCAUCUCAUGGGUGGGUAGUACACUUAGUCAUGCCAUGUCUGUAUGCAUAUCUAUACAAUUACACAACGUCUGAAAUGGACAGGUGUUGGGACUUUUAAGCCCUGCCUACAGUAUGUUAUCCUAUGAUUUACCUGAAUCCUGCUCUUCUCUUUAGAAUAUUUCCAUAACUCUACUGUUUGCUGUUUUAAGACAUUAUGACUUUGUCUAAAACUGUAUUUCCUCCUUGUGGCCCUUAGACUCUGAGAUGGACCAGCAGAUGACAGGCACCCAGCUGCUCCUCAGCGCCCUGCUCCAGAACACGGUUCAGGGGACCCCGGGGCCCGAAGGCCUGACCCUCCAGCCAGACGGGCCCUAUGACUUCUACCAGCAGCCCAACAUGAGUGAGGCCCGCCUGUGUCUGCCAGUACUGGAACAGCUGGCCCUAGCCGUCAGACAGAGGCUGGAGGAGUGGCCUGAGCACCCUGCCCUAGUGCAGGUAAGAACCAUGAGUGUGACCCAACCUAUGGGCUUAUAAGUAUCUCAUACAGUGGGGAAAAAAAGUUUUUAGUCAGCCACCAAUUGUGCAAGUUCUCCCACUUAAAAAGAUGCGAGAGGCCUGUAAUUUUCAUCAUAGGUACACGUCAACUAUGACAGACAAAAUGAGGAAAAAAAAUCCAGAAAAUCACAUUGUAGGAUUUUUUAUGAAUUUAUUUGCAAAUUAUGGUGGAAAAUAAGUAUUUGGUCAAUAACAAAAGUUUCUCAAUACUUUGUUAUAUACCCUUUGUUGGCAAUGACACAGGUCAAACAUUUUCUGUAAGUCUUCACAAGGUUUUCACACACUGUUGCUGGUAUUUUGGCCAUUCCUCCAUGCAGAUCUCCUCUAGAGCAGUGAUGUUUUGGGGCUGUCGCUGGGCAACAUGGACUUUCAACUCCCUCCAAAGAUUUUCUAUGGGGUUGAGAUCUGGAGACUGGCUAGGCCACUCCAGGACCUUGAAAUGCUUCUUACGAAGCCACUCCUUCAUUGCCCGGGCGGUGUGUUUGGGAUCAUUGUCAUGCUGAAAGACCCAGCCACGUUUCAUCUUCAAUGCCCUUGCUGAUGGAAGGAGGUUUUCACUCAAAAUCUCACGAUACAUGGCCCGAUUCAUUCUUUCCUUUACACGGAUCAGUCGUCCUGGUCCCUUUGCAGAAAAACAGCCCCAAAGCAUGAUGUUUCCACCCCCAUGCUUCACAGUAGGUAUGGUGUUCUUUGGAUGCAACUCAGCAUUCUUUGUCCUCCAAACACGACGAGUUGAGUUUUUACCAAAAAGUUAUAUUUUGGUUUCAUCUGACCAUAUGACAUUCUCCCAAUCCUCUUUUGGAUCAUCCAAAUGCACUCUAGCAAACUUCAGACGGGCCUGGACAUGUACUGGCUUAAGCAGGGGGACACAUCUGCACUGCAGGAUUUGAGUCCCUGGCGGCGUAGUGUGUUACUGAUGGUAGGCUUUCUUACUUUGGUCCCAGCUCUCUGCAGGUCAUUCACUAGGUCCCCCCGUGUGGUUCUGGGAUUUUUGCUCACCGUUCUUGUGAUCAUUUUGACCCCACGGGGUGAGAUCUUGCAUGGAGCCCCAAAUCGAGGGAGAUUAUCAGUGGUCUUGUAUGUCUUCCAUUUCCUAAUAAUUGCUCCCACAGUUGAUUUCUUCAAACCAAGCUGCGUACAUAUUGCAGAUUCAGUCUUCCCAGCCUGGUGCAGGUCUACAAUUUUGUUUCUGGUGUCCUUUGACAGCUCUUUGGUCUUGGCCAUAGUGGAGUUUGGAGUGUGACUGUUUGAGGUUGUGGACAGGUGUCUUUUAUACUGAUAACAAGUUCAAACAGGUGUCAUUAAUACAGGUAACGAGUGGAGGACAGAGGAGCCUCUUUAAAGAAGAAGUUACAGGUCUGUGAGAGCCAGAAUUUGCUGUUGUAGGUGACCAUACUUCUUUUCACAUAAAUUUGAAUAAUUCAUUAAAAUCCUACAAUGUGAUUACCUGGAGAAAAAAAUCUCACUGUCAUAUUGACUGUACUAUGAUAAAUUACAGGCCUCUCAUCUUUUAAUGGGAGAAUUGCACAAGGGGCUGACUAAUACUUUUUCCCCCACUAUCUCCUAGUAGGGUUUGCUGUUCUAGUGAUGAGAUCUUACUAUUCUAUCCACAUUCCUGUGUGGAACAUAAUGCUUUCACAAGAGAGAAAUAAACAUAGGCUAAUGAGUCCUUCCACCAGUGUCAGUAAGCAUUCAGGUGUUUAGUGUUGCUGUGUCUGUCUCUCUGUUCCAGUUGACGGUGGUCAUGGAGAGGAUCAUGGCCUUCAGUCUGGCCAGCCCACUGGCCAAGUUCCUCAACGGCCUGGAGAUCCUGCUCAGCAAAGCCCAGGUGAGUCCUCCUGCCACCACCACUGCUGUUUUUCUCCCUCUCUUAGCCUGGUCCUAGAUGCAGUAUGUUUGUGCUGUCGUGACCAUAGGAGUUGGCAAGACCGUACAAACAGAUAUGUGGCAAGGCUAUCCAGUGGCGGCAGGUAGCCUAGCGGUUAAGAGCGUUGGGCCAGUAACCGAAAGGUCGCUGGUUCGAAUCUCAGAGCCGACUAGUUGAAAAAUCUGGAGAUGUGCGCAAGGCACUUAACCCCAAUUGCUCCUGUAAGUCGCUCUAGAUAAGAGCAUCUGCUAAAUGACUUAAACGUGAAAUGUAAAUAUGGCUAGCUCUCCCAGGGAAGGCUCCAUACACACUCCCUAUAGAUGUGUCCCAAGUGGCACCCUAUUCCCUAUAGCCCUAGUCAAAAGUAGUGCCUUAAAAAGGCAAUAGGGUGCCAUUUGGGACGCAGCCCAUGUCUUCCAUCAAUGGCGCUAACCCUGUUCUAACCUAACCCCCUUUGCCCUCCUCAGGACUGGGAGAACAACGCCAGCCGCAAGGUCUCUCUGAGGAGGGAGCUGGAGCCUGUCACUAACCUCAUCAUCCAGUGGCGCAAACUGGAGCUCAAGUAAGAAACGGAAACAACAGGCAGGGUUAUAAUCCUGGUUAUGAUACUAUUACCUUUUAAAAAUAUAACAUCAUUUUGGGUUAGAGUUAUUGUAGUGCAGACUCUUGAUGAGCAAUUAGCAUGCAUUUUAACACUAUGGGAGAAAAAUGGAUCCAGUUUCACACAAGCCACUAGACCAGGGUUCUUCAAUUCCGGUCCUGGAGGGCCGAAACACCUCUGUUUUUCAUCCUCUCCUUCUAAUCAGGGGCAAAUUCAGACCUGGGACACCAGGUGAGUGCAAUUAACUACCAGGUAGAAAUAAAAAACAGAAGUGUUUUGGCCCUCCAGGACCGGAAUUGAAGAACCCUGCACUAGACUUUAAGUUAUUUUAUUUUCUUUCUUUAUAUGCAUCAACAGCUGUUGGUCCAGCAGUCUGGACAAUGCCUUGAAGCGUCACACAGAGAGAUCCACCAAGCACUGGUUCUCACUCUACCAGCUGGUUGAGAGGUAUCUGGAGGAGCAGAGGAUGGGCACCAGCACAGGUACCUAUUGCACAUUGAUAAUAACGUUGGAUCACAUUCAUAAGGUACCAAACGGAAGAAAACAGACUAAAACAGGAAGGGACUACCUGGACCUGUCCAAUAAGAAACAAACAUUUUUUGUUUCUGUUGGGGGGGAAAAUGAAGCGUUUUCCAUUGCAUGGCCUAAUGAACUGGAGUAUUAGGAAGAACUGUAUCUUACCCAGCUAACUCUCCCUGUCCUCUGUGUUGUCUCCAGUAGAGGGCGAUCUGUCUCUGGAGAGUCUGUCCCUGUCCACGGUGUCGUCCACGCUGCAGGCCUUCAUGGAGGGUUCCACCCUAGGGGAGUACCACACGCGGCUGGCCAUGCUGCUCAGCUUCCACUGCCACAUCCUCCUGGCCCCCAGCCAGCACGGACAAGGUGGGACCCAACCCAGCGUCACCUUUACAGAUACACAGUAGUCUGCACUAAGUCAGUUGACUUGGUGUUCACCUUUUAGACAUGCAGAUGUAGUUCUGAAUAGGAAAUCCUUCCUGCUUUCACAGAACCUCUCUGCAGUCUCCUAUGGAAUCUGCACAAGUACUACUCACAGUUCUCAGAAUGCAUCCAGACCAAAGUCACUCAGCUCCGCCAGCCCAUUGAGAAGGAGCUCAAGGACUUUGUGAAGAUCUCCAAGUGGAACGACGUCAGUUUCUGGUCCAUCAAACAGUCGGUGGACAAGACCCAUCGGUAAGAUUGCCUGUUAAUAAAUAAUCCUCAUUUUCUUGUUUACAAAAAAUUACCGUUACACCAUACCUUUUGGAGCUUGAACCCAAUGCAGUAAAUACAUUACAUUAUAGACUGGGUGGUUCGAGCCCUGAACGCUGAUUGGCCGACAGCCGUGGUAUAUCAGACUGUAUACCACGGUAUGACAAAACAUUUAUUUUUACUGCUCUAAUUACAUUGGUAAACAGUUUAUAAUAGCAAUAAGGCACCUCGGGGGUUUGUGGUGUAUGGCCAAUAUACCACGGCUAAGGGCCGCAUUGCGUCGUGCCUAAGAACAGCCCUUAGCCGUAGUAUAUUGGCAAUAUACCACACCCCCUCGGACCUUAUUGCUUAAAUAUCCACCACUCUCAUGGUUUCCCAGCACCCUGUUUAAGUUUGUGAAGAAGUUUGAGGCAGCACUGAGUGGGCCGUGUGCCCCGGCAUUGAUGGAGCAGGGCAGCAGUGCUAGCCUGGACAGUGUGGAUGCCAACCAAGAGAACACCCCACUGCACAGGAUUCACCAUGCCCUGAAGAACGCCCUCCCUGGCAAGGCCAGAGACCUACAGGUGCAGUACAAACCCCCUCUAGCCACAAUCACUCGCAUCAAACAGACAAGUGUCAAUAAUAUACAAUGUCAAUACGGCAUGUAUACCAUGGUAUCAGCAUCAAUGUUCUGUUCCGACACUUGUUCUGACACAAAAACGUUAUUGUUCUGACUCAUAAAAUGACGGUUUGGACCAGGAUCGCUAUCCACAAAGAGCUCCUUCAGUACAUUCGUAUGAUGUUGGCAAUGACUGUGCUUGACAUACUGUGUGUUCCAGAGUGAGUCUCCAGAGGAGGGCCUGGCAGGCGUGGAGCCCUCGUCUCUGCAGGGCCGCCUGCCCCUCCUCACCAGGAAGAUGAGGAAGAUGUGUGUGACCCUGGUGAAGAAGAACCCUCUGCUCGAGCUCUCUGAGGACCUGGACGUCUUCACCGGUAAGAGCUGGAGAAAAACUGGCCACACAGGUUUUAGAUGAGAAAUGUCUGCUUGUACUGCCUCGUUGAGAAUCCAUCAUGAAUGACAAUGAGAAAAACAACGGUAUCAAAGGUUUUGGAUGAGAAAUGUUUUCUAAAGUUCUACUACAUUUACAUGACAUUUACAUUUGAGUAAUUUAGCAGACGCUCUUAUCCAGAGCGACUUACAGUUAGUGAGUGCAUACAUUUUCAUACUGGCCCCCCGUGGGAAUCGAACCCACAACCCUGGCGUCGCAAACGCCAUGCUCUACCAACUGAGCUACACGGGGGGCUACUUCGGAUUAGAUUGUGGAAAAAUCCCUCUGAUUAUAAUUUUGACUAAGAUAUUUGUUUUUAUUUCAGGGGAGAUUAUCAGUAACCUGCGUGACCUCCAGAGCCUCACGAUCGACCUGAAAGCUGAGAAGGAGAAGCAGAAGUCAGAGGUCAAACACAUCCUCCAGCAGAAGCAGAGAGCCCUGUCUGACCUCUUCAAGAUGCUGACUGAGAUCGGUGAGUCCCUCUACAUAGACUUUUUAUAUCCCAAGCUUAUGUCAGUGUGGUAAAACACUGAUACUGUAGACCUAUAUGACUGUGGUUUACUGACUGUGCAACUGUCUCUAUGCAGGUCUGUCCUACCGCAAGGGCCUGAACUGGAACAGGACAGCGGACCCAGAGGAGACCCUGUGUCUGCAGCCGCUGGAGCUGCAGACUGCCCUUUCUGCAGUCAGGACCCAGGAGCAGGCCGAGAACACGUAAGACAAGACGCACCCACCUGGUUGCUACACAGACACCACACCUGAAAUAUUACACUUUGAGAUGCUGUGCAGUAUGUCAUUGAAUAGCUGUGCAGUACGUCAUUGAAUAGCUGUGCAGUACAUUUUUAUAUUUUAGUCAUUUAGCAGAUGCUCUUAUCCAGAGCGACUUACAGGAGCAAUUAGGGUUAAGUGCCUUGCUCAAGGGCACAUCUACAGAUUUUUCACCUAUUCGGCUCGGGGAUUAGAACCAGCGACCUUUCGGUUACUGGCACAAUGCUCUUAACCACUAAGCUACCACUAGCUGUGCAGUACGUCAUUGAAUAGCUGUGCAGUACGUCAUGGAGUAGCUGGUUGACUGUGGCAUGGAACUGUGUCUGUUUCAGUUUGUUUACUGAGAUGAACGCCGCGUGGGACGGCUGUCAGAAGUAUUUCUACCGCUCGUGGGCCCGCAGAACGGCCAUGAUGACUGCUCUUCAGAGCGCUGCUAAGGUGAAAUACUGAGAAGGAAUGACCAACAGAUUGACUUUAUUGCGAUUGAGAAAUAUCGGUUAUUUUGUGUGUUCUAAAUGUUGUCACUAAAUGGGGUCUAAACCAUUGAAUUACUGCCAAAUGAUAGGAUAUCCAUGGUCUUAACGCGUCUGACUUAGCAAAUAUGAAAAAGUGUGUGCCGCAAUUUGAAAUUGGUGUCUGAUAUUUUUAACUGUGUGUAUAUGUUCCAGGAGCUGGGGAUUGGGAACAUUGAUCGUUGCCGAGGCUUCUCCUCCCAUCUGUUCAAGCUGCUGCUCAGACAGAGGCGACGCAUGGCCAAGCUCACAGAGCAGUGGGUCCACCACAGGUGAACCUUAACCUCUAACCUUACACCUCAGAACUUACAAUUUGGAUAGAGUUGUGUAUCUCUUAGUAUGACUGUGUCCAAAAUGGCACCCUAUACCCUAUAUGGCACCUUAUUCCCCAUAGCGUCCUAGUCAAAAGUAGUGCACUAUAUAGGGAAUAGGGUUCUAUUUGGAAGACAACUUGAGUAUCUCUAUCUGUAGUUGUCCUUCUAACACUCUUUUUGGCUUGUAUCCUCUCUAACACAUACAGGAGGCUAACAGUCAGUGUUCAGGGCAUCCAGGCUAACCUCCAGUCCCACAGUGAGGCCGCUGGUGGCCUUCCCCCCCAGGCUUCUCUCCAGGGCUGGGUGAUCAAGGCCCAGGGCCUGGCGGCGCAGUGUGCCACCCUCCUCCAACAGCUCUCCUGGCUGCUGCAGUGUUGCCCUGAGGGACCCCAGCAGACUGACGGGUCAGGCGGGCAGAGGGAGCCCACCCUGAGGUGCCCGUCCCCCCUGGCAUCUCAGAGGCAGCCCCCUGGGUGUCUGCUGAGAAGGGGAGACCCGGCCUGGAGCCAGCUGAGCCAGCGCGUGGCGGACAUGCUGGGUCAAACCCGGAGCCUGAAGGAGGAGCUGGAUGCAGUGGCACUGCAGUCCACACAGGGGGCGCUGCACUCCUGGUAAGGCCUAGGAGCACAAGAUAGCAUUAGGAAUACUGAUAGCAUUACACAGACACUUAACACAGAUAAGAGCAUUAAGCUUUGGUCUUCAUGUCUUUUUAGAUAUCCUCUACAUUGAAAUCAAUGGUUGAUUUUGAUCUUGUUAGAUCAUUUAAUAAUUGAACCAUUAUGUGAAUAUUCCUUCCCAUUCAUGCUCAUUUGCUAACCCUCCCCCCUCCUCAUUUCCUCAGGAGCCACUUCUCUGUGUGUUGCUCUGGCUAUGACCGGCUGGGUUCCGUGGCGGCACAGAUGCCCAUGGUGGAGCAGCUGUUCACCCCCACCGCCCACGAGGGCACGGUCGACACCCAGCCUGGCCUGACCCGGGGCUUGCAGUACGUCAGAGGAGAGGUGGAGGCCACCCUGAUGGAGUUCACCACCUGGAAGACCCAGCUACUCUCCCUGGGCCACGCACACACAGGUGAAAACAGACCGAUCAUGCUUAGUCAAUCGAUCAGUCACAUGUAGAUUAUAAUGCCCUUUUCUACAUCAGAAGUAAUCCUGCGCAGACGCCAUCAUAGAACAAAUGGUAUUCCAAUGGUAUUACACUGGUGUUCAAAUUGUAUUACAUUGUUAUUACAUUGUUCAAAUAAUUUUCUCUUUUCUCUCAGGUUACCAGCAAACAUUUCGCUCAGAGUUCUCUGCUGAACUUGAGAAGGCCAUCAACACUGUGCUGGUUUCCGUGCAGACCCUGGUGAAGAGGAGGGAGGGGGAGCAGCAGGGAGAACAGCAGACAGACACCAAGAGAGGUGAGGAGAGACUCCUGCUGUCUGCCUCCAAUAACACACCUGGGUCGUAUUCGCUAGGCACCAAAUAGAGGAAAACAGACUGAAACUGGGAGGGACUUUGCUUUGUGUCCUUGUGUGGUUAUUGUCGGAGAACUGUAGGAGAACUACCUGUCUAAAAAAGCAAGCCAGAGUGAGACUGGGCCAAGAUUUGUUAACAUGAUCAAUCCUAGCGUCCUGUAAAGUGUGUUGAUCAUUGAUGGGGAAUGGGGAUGUCAUUUCCUGUCGUAUCUGCCUGUUCCAGAAGGUGAGGAAGAGGAGCCCCAGGAGGACCUGCUGAAGCCUGGUCACCUGAGCCGUCUGCUGGAUGAGGAGUUAGGAGCAGAGGUGGCGUCUCUCUCCCUGGGGGAGGUCAGCGACACACUGGAACAGCUACUGGAGAGACUCAGAGUACACAGAGACUCCUGUCCACCUCACCAGCUCCAGGUGGGUGCAGUCACAUAGCAUAUACUGUAGCCUAUACCGCCCUCUAGUGUAGUGGAGAUACAAUACUAAAACACAAUGCUACUGUAAGGUAGCCAAUAAUUUCAAAGUCGCCGUAGGAGUUCAUUAUUCUUUCUCCCGAGGUUUUCUGAACGAUGAUGUCCUGUUGUUUCAGAUUGCUUUGUUUGUGAUAUUCAUAUAUCACCAUUGACCUUCUGUUUUACUCCUUUGUGCUGUGUUUAGGAGCUGAGUGAGGCGUGCAGGCUUCUGGUGCGUCUGGAGCCCAUGUUGGGGGUGUACUCUGAGCUGGUACGCUACUACCUGGCCGUGUCACUGGGAGCCCACAGGAGCACUGGGAAACUGCUCUCUGUCCUGGCUGGCAUCUUCACGGAGCUAGCCCAGAAGGUAGUGUGCUAUAACCCUUCUACUGGGAUCUGCUUUAAAACACAGUAUAAGGUUCUCUGUGAAAACGUUUUAAGUAGUGAAAAACGUUAGCACAAACUGUAGUUUCAGUACCUGUUUAUUUCUACUGUUUGGGUAAGUCACCUACGCUGCAAUGGUGCUACAGUACAGCCCCUUUUUUUUCUUGUUGAUUGUCCUAUUGUCUUGUUCUGCAGGGCUUCUGCCUACCCCAGGAGCUGAUGGAGGGAGGGGACGGAGAGGGGGCCACAGAGUUCCACGACUACGAGGGUGGAGGCAUCGGAGAGGGAGAGGGCACCAAAGACGUUAGCGACAAGAUCGAGAAUGAAGAGCAGGUGAUGUCUACAAGAAUGACAUUAUUAAUGCAGACAUUAUAAGAUCUAUGUUUUUUGAGUAGUGUUGCUCAUGAUGGGGCGAAGCCUAACUUCCACUGACAUCAAUUCAUGACUAAGUAAAAAACAUUGACUUGGUGAGAGUCGGGAUUCAGCCCAAAAGUUAAAACGUUUUGCUAGCUAAAAUUGUAAUGUUUCUGUCGUAGGUGGAGGAUACGUUCCAGGAAGGCCAGGAAAAGAAGGAGGAGGAGCCUGACAAGAAGAACAUUGAGGAGGAGGACAACGCCAUCGAGAUGUCUGAGGACUUUGACGGCCAGAUGCAUGAUGGAGACCAGCAAGAGCCAGGUGGGAAGACAGACCUCUUAACACACAGCCUCAUGGCAGUCUGAACUUUCUCCUGGGUCAUGUUCAUUAGGCACCAACGGGAGAAAAUAGACUGAAACAUUGACUACCUCGAAUCUGUCCAAUAAAAACACAAAUUUUCAUUGUCUGUUGCAAAACGCUUUAAACUGUUUUCUGUUGCAUGCCCUAAUAAAGCCAACCCUGGUCUCACAUCGCAAAGCGCUGUUGGUUGUUCCUUUUCAGGUGAGGAUGACGAGGAGGAGUCUGACAAAGAGGAGGAUGAAGAUCUGGAUAAGAAGAUGGGUGACCUAGGCGAGGGCCAGACGGACACGCUGGAUGAGAGGAUGUGGGGUGAUGAUGAGGAUGAUGAAGAGGAGGAGGGCAGUGACAAGGAGGAGGAGUCAGGCCAAGGAAUGGACCAGGUACAGGGAGGAAGAAUUAGAUGAAACUGUGUUGAAAUAUCUGACCGAGAGUGCAGUAUCUGCCACUUGCGACCAGUCAGCAUGCUACUGUAUUCGUUGUUUAGUAAUUGUUCUUCUGUUUGUCUUCAGGGGGAAUCAGAACUGGUCGCCAAGGACGACAACCUGGAUGCAGCAGAUCCCAACAAAGACAAGAACAAAGACGAUCAAGACCAAGAGUUGGACGAAGAGGAUAAGGAGAAGAUCCACGAACAAGGGGACGAGGUAAGCUUUAACUAGGAAACAAUGUUCACUUAGAAAGACCAGUAGUUUGGUCAAACUAUCCCUGGCUGUGUAAUGAGCAUGCGGCCACUAAAUCUCAGGCUGUAGUUAGGUGUGUUUUAGCAGGACUGCCAGACCGUAUCUGAUUUGAGUUUUUCUGUGUGUGUGUGUUCCAGCGGGAGUUUGAUGAGAACGAGGUGGACCCGUACCACGGGAAGCAGGAGAAGAAGCCUGACCCGGAGGCCAUGGACCUGCCUGAUGAACUCAACCUGGACCAGGAGGAGGAGGAGGCCGGGGACGAGGGGGAUGGAGAGGGAGGGAGAGGGUGAGGCUUCAGCAAGGUUGAAGGGUCAACAGGGGAGGAGAGGAACAUACUUGGGUUCAAAUAUUAUUUGUCUUCUUUCAAAUACUUUGUGUUGGACUGCCAGGUAGGCAGGGUUUGUACUUUGAGACUAUUCCACUGGGUCCAUUGUGCCCGGCAAGCUUAAUUAAAUCCCCCAUGCAGUCUUUGUAAUUGUAUUUUUAAAUCAUCGCUUUGUCUAAUAAAUCACUUUGUGUUUAUUUAAUAAAAAUAACUCCAAUAUAUAUUUUUUAUCAUAUAUUUCCCUGAGCCUCCUUUGGCCCUUGAAAUGCUCAGUCUGAUCGUGUGGGUGUUAGGAAACAAAUGUUAUUCACAUACAUAGCCCUGAUUGGCUGAUAGAUCUAGAGCCCAACCCCUUACCCAGAUGAACAGUCAUUGGUCUAUUAUAAUCAGAUCACAUUGUGACAUGAUGUGGGCCAAAAAUUCCAUCCCACCUGAAUUAUUUUUCUCCAAAUAGCACUCACUCAAAAAGGGCAUUAUCAAUUUCAGUAUUAUCUUGACCUCCGUGUGGAAAUGUCUUUUUAAAAAAAAAAACGGGAUAAACAUGUUUUUAACUUUACUGCCCCUUUAAGCGCAGCUAAAUGAUUUGAAAGAAGACAAAUACUACUUGAACCCAUGUCUGGAGAGGAACAGGUGGAGACACCACAGAACCAGUGUCUGACAAUUGAGUUUCUUUCCUCCAGAGGAAAACCCGUUGGACAUUGACGAGAAGCCCAUGGAGCUGGACGAAAAGGAGGGAGCGGAGGAGGAGGGAGGGGCGGAGGAGAUGGCUGAAGAUCAGACAGACAAACAAGGAGAGGAGGAAGGCCAGGAACCCAAGACUGAGGAGGAAGAGGGAGGUGGAGGAGAGAAAACCGAGGAGGACAAAGAGGCGGCCGAGGAGGAGGAGGAGGAGGAGGAGGUUGAGAAGGACGAAGGACGGGAGGCUGGGAAAGAGGAGGACAUGGCCAUCCCUGCAAACGAAGGCCAGAAACCAAAGGUUGUAUGACUUGUCUCUUCUUGCACCUUGGAGAUCCAGAUUGUUUUGCUAGUCUGGUGUUUAACACCUUUCUUCGUCAUUGCCCACAGGAGGAGGAAGAGGAGGGUGCGGGUGAGGAUGAGAAGCAGCCAGAGUCCGCAGAGCGGAAGGAGCACAAAACGGACGGUCAGACGGGAGAGGAGAAUGUCCAGAGUGAAACAGCCGUGGAGCUGGCAGGGGAGGCAUCCGAGAGAGACCAAGCUAAAGAGGUACACACCCACCUCACCCAACCCAUUUACAGCCCAUGGAAAUGAUUAAAUGCACACACUUGACCCUCUUGUGUUGUUGUGUUGUCCAGGAGCAUGGUAGUGGAGCGGCUGAUGCCAGUCAGUCAGAGGGACACGAGUCCAAACUCAUGGCAAGGAUGUCCUCUCAGAAACAGAGCCAGGGCAAGACACAGGUAUGUCUGGUCUACGAAUCUCUACAGCACGUGUCACUCAUUCCACGGAGGGCCGAGUGUCUGAGGGUUUUCGCUCCUCCCUUGUAUUUGAUUGAUGAGUUAAGGUCACUAAUUAGCAAAGAACUCCCCUCACCUGGUUGUCUAGGUCUUAAUUGAAAGGAAAAAACUAAAACCUGCAGACACUAAGCCCUCCAUGGAAUGAGUUUGACACCCGGCUCUACAGUAUGUUCUUGAGGUGAAGUGAGACCGAAACAUUUCAAAACGUGAUCAAAUUCCGUUUGGGUUUUUAAGAUGAGCAAUAUAUUUCCAAAUGUGUUCUUAUUCUGACCUGGCUGUUCCAGAGCUUCAAGAGGAAGCCAGGGCAGGCGGAAAACGAGCGCUCGACGGGUGACUACAACGAGCGCAUCAACAAGCGCCUGCGCACGGUGGAGAGCAGUAAGGAGAAGAUGCAGGAGAACAACCAGACUGAGGCCCAGCAGGAGUCCGACCUGUAUGAGCACAUCAAACAGGGAGAGACGGCCUACGACACACAGACAUUCGGUGAGGCAGCAAUACACCACCGAACACUCACUGCACAGAUAUCCAUACCACAGAGUUCCCGUCACACUUUUAUCAUCAUUAGAAGACGAUCGUUGAAGACGUCAGCUUCCCUUCCAAGUGUCCUGGUACCGUUCUAAAACCUUGUCUCUUGACAUUUUACAGAUGUUGCCAGUGCAGACCAGCAGAAACCAGCCGGAGCCCCCCAAGAGGAGGUCCAAGAGGAUGAGGACAUUGCUAUGGAUACGGAGGAGCAGGAAGAGAACCUGCAGGCUGUUGAGGCCCAGGAGUUGAAGCCAGAGCAGCUGGAGUCGAACAGAGCAUCACAGAAAGGUGCUCUAACCAUCUCCUCAUCUCACUUGUGUGUGUGUGGGUGCGUGUGUGUUUGCCUGUUGUUAAUGUGUCUUACUCCUGAGUGGCGCAGUGGUCUAAGGCACUGCAUCGCAGUGCUAACUGUGCCACUAGAGAUCCUGGUUCGAAUCCAGGCUCUGUCGCAGCCGGCCGCGACCGGGAGACUCAUGGGCGGCGCACAAUUGGCCCAGCGUUGUCCAGGGUAGGGGAGGGAAUGGCCGGCAGGGAUGUAGCUCAGUUGAUAGAGCAUGGCGUUUGCAACGCCAGGGUUGUGGGUUCGAUUCCCACGGGGGGCCAGUAUAAAAUAAAAAUAAAAAUGUAUUCACUAACUGUAAGUCGCUCUGGAUAAGAGCGUCUGCUAAAUGACUAAAAUGUAAAUGUAAAUGUUACUGUCUGUUCUCCACUGUAGGUCUAGACAGCGGAGAGCUGGAGGCUCAGAGGCAGUGUGAGGAAGACGAGGAGAGGCCAAAAGACACAAAGGGUCACAGUGACGAAGAGCACCAAGAGAGAAGCACAGAGUCUACAAUCCACACCGUCCCAGAGUUGCUGAUAGACACACUGCAGGUACCAGAGAGAUGAUCUGAGACCUGCUUAGUGCUCUACUACUAAAGAAACAGAUCUGUCAGAAAGCUCUGGAGCACUCUGUAUAAGAUUAGCUGAAUGUUUGUGUGUGUGUGUGUCCAGAACCCAGUCCGCGACCCAGAGGAACUGAGGAGGGAGAUGGAGCUGCAGCUGGAAGCCUGGAUGAAACAGGCCCCUGGAGACCGGGAGGAGGUACCAGCACUUUGGAUGUCCUGCAAAACAUUCACAAUACCGGACACUAUUUACCCUGUCAUUCUCUGUUCUAAUCACCUACCACUAGAAGUUCAGAUCUCUGUGUAACUCAUGCUGUGGUCUUGCCCUAUAGGAGAGUGCAGCGGCAGCUAUGUGGCACCAGUACCAGACUCUGACCUCGGCCCUGUCCCAGCAGCUGUGUGAGCAGCUCCGCCUCAUCCUAGAGCCCACGCAGGCCGCCAAGCUCAAGUGAGUACCUACCGCAACAGAUCAUUCAGGGAGAUCACAGACCAGAACAGUUACAGGCUUUUGUAACCUUUUCUAUUCAUUCAUUUAUAUUUUGCUCUUCUCAUUUUAAAUCAUGUUUUUUCUUUUUAAUUUCAGUACACAUAUUAGCACAUUUUUUUAUUCUGUUUUCUCGCUGUGUCACAGAGGAGACUUCCGCACGGGGAAGCGUCUGAACAUGCGGAAGGUGAUCCCUUACAUCGCCAGUCAGUUCCGUAAAGACAAAAUCUGGCUGAGGAGGACCAAGCCCAGCAAGAGGGAGUACCAGAUCUGUCUGGCUGUGGACGACUCCUCCAGCAUGGUGGACAACCACUCCAAACAGGUACAGUAGGGCUUCUCAGAGGGAUGAGUGGACACAAUAACCUUAGAGCAGGGGUCGGCAACAGGCGGCCCGCGGGCCAAAACCGACCCGCAAGUGAUUUUAUUUGGCCCCCCAAAGUUUUUCGCAACAAAUAAAGCUUCAAAUCACCAGGAAUUAAGCUAAGAAUGAGUUUAAUUUAGGAAAUCUGUUAAUCAAGUAUUCCAACGAAUAGAAAAGAGACGUGAUCGUGUCUCAAUGUAAUCAAGGUAUGAAAUUAUUAUUUUCAAAUACAAUCUCUUUUUGGCCCCCCGACUAGCCGCUCCGACAAAAAUCAGCUGGGGCUGAAUCUAGUUGCCUACCCCUGCCUUAGUCAGUUUGCUGCAGGAACAAUGUACAGUUGAAGUCUGAAGUUUACAUACACCUUAGCCAAAUACAUUUAAACUCAGUUUUUCACAAUUCCUGACAUUUAAUCUUAGUAAAAAUUCCCUGUUUUAGGUCAGUUAGGAUCACCACUUUAUUUUAAGAAUGUGAAAUGUCAGAAUAAUAGUAGAGAUAAUUCUUUAUUUCAGCUUUUAUAUCUUUCAUCACAUUCCCAGUGGGUCAGAAGUUUACAUACACUCAAUUAGUAUUUGGUAGCAUUGUCUUUAAAUUGUUUAACUUGGGUCAAACAUUUCGGGUAGCCUUCCACAAGCUUCCCACAAUAAGUUGGGUGAAUUUUGGCCCAUUCCUCCUGACAGAGCUGGUGUAACUGAGUCAGGUUAGUAGGCCUCACACUUUUUCAUUUCUGCCCACACAUUUUCUAUAGGAUUGAGGUCAGGGCUUUGUGAUGGCCACUCUAAUACCUUGACUUUGUUGUCCUUAAGCCAUUUUGCCACAACUUUGGAAGUAUGCUUGGGGUCAUUGUCCAUUUGGAAGACCCAUUUACAACCAAGCUUUAACUUCCUGACUGAUGUCUGGAGAUGUUGCUUCAAUAUAUCCACAUAAUUUUCCUUCCUCAUGAUGCCAUCUAUUUUGUGAAGUGCACCAGUCCCUCCUGCAGCAAAGCACCCCCACAGCAUGAUGCUGCCACCCCCGUGCUUCACGGUUGGGAUGGUGUUCUUCGGCUUGCAAGAAACCCCCUUUUUCCUCCAAACAUAACGAUGGUCAUUAUGUCCAAACAGUUCUAUUUAUGUUUCAUCAGACCAGAGGACAUUUCUCCAAAAAGUACGGUCUUUGUCCCCAUGUGCAGUUGCAAACCUUUUUAAUGGCGGUUUUGGAGCAGUGGCUUCUUCCUUGCUGAGCGGCCUUUCAGGUUAUGUCGAUAUAGGACUCGUUUUACUGUGGAUAUACACUGCUCAAAAAAAUUAAGGGAACACUAAAAUAACACAUCCUAGAUCUGAAUGAAUGAAAUAAUCUUAUUAAAUACUUUUUUCUUUACAUAGUUGAAUGUGCUGACAACAAAAUCACACAAAAAUGAUCAAUGGAAAUCAAAUGUAUCAACGCAUGGAGGUCUGGAUUUGGAGUCACCCUCAAAAUUAAAGUGGAAAACCACACUACAGGCUGAUCCAACUUUGAUGUAAUAUCCUUAAAACAAGUCAAAAUGAGGCUCAGUAGUGUGUGUGGCCUCCACGUGCCUGUAUGACCUCCCUACAACGCCUGGGCAUGCUCCUGAUGAGGUGGCGGAUGGUCUCCUGAGGGAUCUCCUCCCAGACCUAGACUAAAGCAUCCGCCAACUCCUGGACAGUCUGUGGUGCAACGUGGCGUUGGUGGAUGGAGCGAGACAUGAUGUCCCAGAUGUGCUCAAUUGGAUUCAGGUCUGGGGAACGGGCGGUCCAUAGCAUCAAUGCCUUCCUCUUGCAGGAACUGCUGACACACUCCAGCCACAUGAGGUCUAGCAUUGUCUUGCAUUAGGAGGAACCCAGGGCCAACCGUACCAGCAUAUGGUCUCACAAGGGGUCUGAGGAUCUCAUCUCGGUACCUAAUGGCAGUCAGGCUACCUCUGGCGAGCACAUGGAGGGCUGUGCGGCCCCCCAACGAAAUGCCACCCCAUACCAUGACUGACCCACCGCCAAACCGGUCAUGCUGGAGGAUGUUGCAGGCAGCAGAACGUUCUCCACGGCGUCUCCAGACUCUGUCACGUCUGUCACAUGUGCUCAGUGUGAACCUGCUUUCAUCUGUGAAGAGCACAGGGCGUCAGUGGCGAAUUUGCCAAUCUUGGUGUUCUCUGGCAAAUGCCAAACGUCCUGCACGGUGUUGGGCUGUAAGCACAACCCCCACCUGUGGAUGUCGGGCCCUCAUACCACCCUCAUGGAGUCUGUUUUUGACCGUUUGAGCAGACACAUGCACAUUUGUGGCCUGCUGGAGGUCAUUUUGCAGGGCUCUGGCAGUGCUCCUCCUUGCACAAAGGCGGAGGUAGCAGUCCUGCUGCUGGGUUGUUGCCCUCCUACGGCCUCCUCCACGUCUCCUGAUGUACUGGCCUGUCUCCUGGUAGCGCCUCCAUGCUCUGGACACUACGCUGACAGACACAGCAAACCUUCUUGCCACAGCUUGCAUUGAUGUGCCAUCCUGGAUGAGCUGCACUACCUGAGCCACUUGUGUGGGUUGUAGACUCCGUCUCAUGCUACCACUAGAGUGAAAGCACCACCAGCAUUCAAAAGUGACCAAAACAUCAGCCAGGAAGCAUAGGAACCGAGAAGUGGUCUGUGGUCACCACCUGCAAAACCAGUCCUUUAUUGGGGGGUGUCUUGCUAAUUGCCUAUAUUUUCCACCUGUUGUCUAUUUCAUUUGCACAACAGCAUGUGAAAUGUAUUGUCAAUCAGUGUUGCUUCCUAAGUGGACAGUUUGAUUUCACAGAAGUGUGUUACAUUGUGUUGUUUAAGUGUUCCCUUAAUUUUUUUGAGCAGUGUAUAUACUUUUGUACCAGUUUCCUCCAGAAUCUUCACAAGGUCCUUUGCUGUUGUUCUGGGAUUGAUUUGCACUUUUCGCACCAAAGUACGUUCAUCUCUAGGAGACCGAACGCGUCUCCUUCCUGAGCGGUAUGACGGCUGCGUGGUCCCAUGGUGUUUAUACUUGCGUACAGAUGAAUGUGGUACAUUCAGUCGUUUGGAAAUUGCUCCCAAGGAUGAACCAGACUUGUGGAGGUCUACAAUUAUUUUUCUGAGGUCUUGGCUGAUUUUCUUUUGAUUUUCCCAUGAUGUCAAGCAAACAGGCACUGAGUUUGAAGGUAGGCCUUGAAAUAAAUCCACAGGUACACCUCCAAUUGACUCAAAUGAUGUCAUUUUCUGGAAUUUUCCAAGCUGUUUAAAGGCACAGUCAUCUUAGUGUAUGUAAACUUCUGACCCACUGGAAUUGUGAUACAGUGAAUUAUACAGUGAGGGAAAAAAGUAUUUGAUCCCCUGCUGAUUUUGUACGUUUGCCCACUGACAAAGAAAUGAUCAGUCUAUAAUUUUAAUGGUAGGUUUAUUUGAACAGUGAGAGACAGAAUAACAACAACAAAAUCCAGAAAAACACAUGUCAAAAAUGUUAUAAAUUGAUUUGCAUUUUAAUGAAUAAGUAUUUGACCCCUCUGUAAAACAUGACUUAGUACUUGGUGGCAAAACCCUUGUUAGCAAUCACAGAGGUCAGAUGUUUCUUGUAGUUGGCCACCAGGUUUGCACACAUCUCAGGAGGGAUUUUGUCCCACUCCUCUUUGCAGAUCUUCUCCAAGUCAUUAAGGUUUUGAGGCUGACGUUUGGCAACUCGAACCUUCAGCUCCCUCCACAGAUUUUCUAUGGGAUUAAGGUCUGGAGACUGGCUAGGCCACUCCAGGACCUUAAUGUGCUUCUUCUUGAGGCACUCCUUUGUUGCCUUGGCCAUGUGUUUUGGGUCAUUGUCAUGCUGGAAUACCGACCCAUUUUCAAUGCCCUGGCUGAGGGAAGGAGGUUCUCACCCAAGAUUUGACGGUACAUGGCCAUCAUCCCUUUGAUGCGGUGAAGUUGUCGUGUCCCCUUAGCAGAAAAACACCCCUAAAGCAUAAUGUUUCCACCUCCAUGUUUGACGGUGGGGAUGGUGUUCUUGGGGUCAUAGGCAGCAUUCCUCCUCCAAACACGGCGAGUUGAGUUGAUGCCAAAGAGCUCCAUUUUGGUCUCAUCUGACCACAACACUUUCACCCAGUUCUCCUCUGAAUCAUUCAGAUGUUCAUUGGCAAACUUCAGACGGCCCUGUAUAUGUGCUUUCUUGAGCAGGGGGACCUUGCGGGCGCUGCAGGAUUUCAGUCCUUCACGGCGUAGUGUGUUACCAAUUGUUUUCUUGGUGACUAUGGUCCCAGCUGCCUUGAGAUCAUUGACAAGGUCCUCCCGUGUAGUUCUGGGCUGAUUCCUCACCGUUCUCAUGAUCAUUGCAACUCCAUAAAGUGAGAUCUUGCGUGGAGCCCCAGGCCGAGGGAGAUUGACAGUUUUUUUGUGUUUUUUCCAUUUGCGAAUAAUCACACCAACUGUUGUCACCUUCUCACCAAGCUGCUUGGUGAUGGUCUUGUAGCCCAUUCCAGCCUUGUGUAGGUCUACAAUCUUGUCCCUGACAUCCUUGGAGAGCUCUUUGGUCUUGGCCAUGGUGGAGAGUUUGGAAUCUGAUUGAUUGAUUGAUUGAUUGCUUCUGUGGACAGGUGUCUUUUAUUCAGGUAACAAGCUGAGAUUAGGAGCACUCCCUUUAAGAGUGUGCUCCUAAUCUCAGCUCGUUACCUGUAUAAAAGACACCUGGGAGCCAGAAAUCUUUCUGAUUGAGAGGGGGUCAAAUACUUAUUUCCCUCAUUAAAAUGCAAAUCAAUUUAUAACAUUUUUGACAUGCGUUUUUCUGGAUUUUGUUGUUGUUAUUCUGUCUCUCACUGUUCAAAUAAACCUACCAUUAAAAUUAUAGACUGAUAAUUUCUUUGUCAGUGGGCAAACGUACAAAAUCAGCAGGGGAUCAAAUACUUUUUUCCCUCACUGUAAGUGAAAUAAUCUGUCUGUAAACAAUUUUGGAAGAAUUACUUGUGUCAUGCACAAAGUAGAUGUCCUAACCGACUUGCCAAAACUAUAGUUUGUUACCAAGAAAUGUGUGGAGUGGUUGAAAAACAAGUUUUAAUGACUCCAACCUAAGUGUAUGUAAACUUCUGACUUCAACUGUAUGUUCCUUCAUAGUACACUACUUUUGACCAGGGCUCAUGGGUCUCUGUUCAAAAGUAGUGCACUAUAUAGGGAAUAGAGUGCCAUUUGGGAAACGCACAAUGUCUCAUUAAUGUCUCACCUCUGUCUCCCGUGUGUCACAGCUGGCUUUUGAAUCCCUGUCUGUUAUUGUCAACGCUCUCACUCUCCUGGAGGUCGGGCAGGUGUCUGUGUGCAGGUGAGAUGAGGGGCCUCUGUAGAGUAAUUAAUAUUGAUGUCCAGGUGUUGCUCUUCCCCAGACAGUGAUGUUACAUUUGUGAAAUGUUUUGGUUGUCACCUCAGCUUUGGUGAGACGGUGCAGCUGCUCCAUCCGUUCCAACAACAAUUUAACGACCAGUCAGGCGCUAGGAUACUGAGGCUCUGUCAGUUCCAGCAGAAAAAGACCCAGAUAGCCCAGGUGGGGUCCCUCUUUUUUUACUGCUUGAUAUCUUACUGUUUUCAUGAAUUGAAGGCCUUCCAGGCCCAUUUGUUUACGGUCUGUGAUAUUAAAUCAAAUAUAUUUAGUGAGGUACUCUUGUUUGAGACUGACCGCCACAUUGUGCUCCUAUCCUUUAGUUCCUGGAGACCUCAGCCAACAUGUUUGUAGCAGCCAAGCAGCACAGCCUUGGAUCCAUGAACACAGGUAAUGUACUGGGGUGGUGCAGCAUCUCCUUUGACUUGAUCAAUACAAUAAGAAUGUUUAGUAUCAUUACUAUAAACGAGAAUGGCCUCCCCUAGUCCCUUCUUCAUUUGCUAAUGUAUUCAAGUGGGUUUAGAUCUCACUAUUCCUUACAGUAAUGAGUUGACAUAUUAAUCAAUGCCCACUGAUUGCAUUGUUCUCUGAGCCUAUGGGGUCCAUGCCCUGGUUGUAUUUGAUGUCCAACAAACAAGCCCUGUGUGAAACAGUAGGGGAGGAGCAGAGCACAAUGAUUGUUAUUCAAAGGCAGGGUAUUGUUCCUACUACAGUGCCCCUGGUGAAGCUAACAUGUCCUCUAUUGAGCUGUGGUGAAGAUCACAGUGCAGAGCUGGUAUCUGAGCUUUCACUGCUCUCCCUCUGCAGCCCAGAGGACUUGAACCUGUAAGCAGACACCCAGGGCCAUUGUGGUGCAAGUGUAAACUGACCGCCUCCUCCGCUCUUGCUCCCUCUCCCUCCUCUCUCCGUCUCCCUCCCUCCCUCUUUCGCUCUCUCUCCCCCCCACAGAGACAGCCCAGCUGCUGCUCAUUGUGUCGGACGGCAGAGGGCUCUUCCUGGAGGGGAAGGAGAGGGUGACGGCGGCUGUGCAGGCGGCUCGCAACGCCAAUGUCUUUGUCAUCUUCGUGGUGCUUGACAACCCCAACUCCAGGGUAAGGGACUUAGAUGGAAUCCAUGUUAUGUAUCAAGGACUGUGGAUAGUAAAUGCAAAAUCUAAUUUACAUGCUACAUUUGUUAAUGUGAAUAAUCAAAUCACUAUAAGAUAGAUGAUAUUCAUAUAGAACUAUUCCCUCAAAUUUUUUACAAUAUUCCUAUUGGCAUUUCCUAUGUCAUUUUUCUACAGGAUUCCAUCCUGGACAUCAAGGUGCCCAUCUUCAAAGGUCCGGGAGAGAUGCCUGAGAUCCGCUCCUACAUGGAGGAGUUCCCCUUCCCUUUCUACGUGAUCCUGCGGGACGUCAACGCCUUGCCAGAAACCCUGAGUGACGCACUGAGGCAGUGGUUCGAACUCGUUACGGCAACCGACCAGUAGAAGCCAUCUUAGAAGGCAGCAACCAACCCCACAACGCCUCUCUGCUGCUAGCCUCUCGACAACACACGGACUCAAAAACAAACGGGACUCGCAAAGAAAGACGGAAUUGCCGCUGUAUAUGUGCCUUUUUGUUCUUAUUUUUUACUGUAAUUUUUGUAGACUGUAGAGUUUGAUAUAGAGUUUGAUAGCGACUUCCGCUGUUUAGUCCUUGUCUUCAGGCCAGGGGGAUUCUGGAAGUUAUUUCGCAAUGUAAUAAGCAUUGCUUUAACUUGCACGUGUAUAACAAAUGAUAGAAAAGGAUACAAAAUGUGAUUCCCUUCCGUGUAAACAACCUCAGUGAAGAGAUACUGUACCUCUUUCCCCUGUGUACUAUAACCCCCUUUGUGUUGUAUGGAUGUUUUCUGUGUUACAUGCUCAUCAUCAAGUCAUUCUGCUUCCGUGUGAACACAUCAUCUGUUAAUGUAUGGAGGUGACAGUAGUGUUGUGAUGAAGUUGUUUUUGCACAACUGUUAAAAAGCACCCCCUUCGUUAUAUCAUGGCAAAAGAAAAAGCAUGCUGCUAUGGUCUUGAUCCAUUUCAAAAGUAAUCCCAAAAUUGUGCCUUGGAAGAAAUGCAUCUCACUUAACACCCAUGUGCUUAUAAAAGGAAUCCAUUGUUUACAUGGAAAUUAUCAUUUUGCCCAAAUGUGUUAUUAAUACAAAGCUUAACCCUCUCUCUCUCUCUCUCAAUAAAGGUCAAGGUUUUGGGAAAAUUUAAGCACAAGGACUGCUAAUAACAAUUUUGAUAAACGCUCCAAUCGAUGCCAUUUCUCUGGUCAAAGAGACAUAUCCACUACAUCUUACUGAAGAUGAGGUUCAUUCACUGCCAUGAAGACACCAUUAGGAAAUGUCAUUGCUGUGUCCCUUUGGAAUACAGUUGUAACUUUAAGCAAACAUAUGAUAUUCAUGGAAGUUGUUUCUUCAUUCCAUCCAUAAAUCACAUCAUAUGACAUGAUACAUUGUAUGAUGAUAAUAAACUUUUUAAUCUGUGUUUUGAGCACAUUGUUUUAUCUAAUAUGUACUGUAUUUGGUAGUAGCCAAUUUACAUACAGUAUUAUUUUAUGGCCCCUGAAGAAAUUGAUUUUCAAUAAGUACUCCACCCCACAAGAGGGCGACAUUUAUAUUUUUAUCUAUGUUGACUGCCAAAACAGAUCAGCUGUAGAGCUGCCUCUACAACCAUGUUUGCUACAAUUCACAUCAUGGCUAGCUCAAGGUUACCCGCGGCAGCGCUUACAUUAAAACAGGUAAUAAAUAAAUAUUAAUCUGUAUCAUGAACUGUAAACCAUACGGUUAGUGUACUACUGCCAACUAGAUAGUGUUCUCUGACAUUCACAUUUGGGAAAUAGCCAUGGCAGCAUGAUCAGCUAGCUAGCUAACGCUAGCAUUUCAGCAGCAGCUCUAGUUAGAUAGCUUGCUCAUCUGAUUUUAAGUGUAAUAUCCUCACUACGUAGCUAAUACCAUGUCUUUUUUUGUUAACGUUUUCUCCCUCCGAAUAUUGCUCUGCUAAUAUGAUUGUUGAUAAAUUAGCCAGAUAGCCAGGUAACUUGCUAGCUAGCUUGCUUGGUUGUUUGCUUCCUCUGGUCUAUUUCUACAGUUUCUACAGAGGCAGAAAGUGUUGAGUCUCUACAGAAACAUGAUGAGGACCAUCAGACAAGUGCCAGACGAGGGAGACCGAAAAUACCUGAGGGAUUGGGCGAGAGAUGAGUUCAAGAGGAAUAAAAAUACCACAAAUCAGGUGAGAUAUGGUCAAGCCAAGGUGUCUGAAAUUGUCAUUCUGUGUUCUAUCCCUGUUCUAACCAUUGUUGUCUCUCUGUAUAUCUAGGACGCCAUCCGAAUGAUGAUCACACAGGCAAACAUGCAUCAUGAUGAGCUACAGUCAUCCCUUGCAUUGGCUAACGUUAAGAAAUAAUUUCACCUGUGUGGGACUGAGGUAAUCAACCCAUUUAAAUGCUGGAAGUGAAUCCCAGAGGCUUUGUUAUGCUGCCUCAAAUGGACUGUGGAUUGGCAGCAUGAAAGCCAUAGGAAUCAGUACACCACUUACUGUAGAAGCACCUUGGCAUUUGGCCAGACCAGCUCGUUGCCGUUCUUAUCGAUGUAUUCCUAAAACUGCUAGUGUCUGGUACAUAAUGGGAUUUGGACCAUAUGAGAUCUGUCAUGGGGAGUCCCAUAUCAGAUGGUUGCCAUCAACAUGUCCAUGUCGAGCAGUGGUGACGCUUUCAGAACGCCAGCUGUGAUUCAAUUUUGAGGAAAGCUGCGAGAGCCAUGUGUGAUAUGCCAUUUGCAAUCAUGUCUGACAUAAUAAUACCAUGGGGCUCAUGUUGGGCUAUUGUAAAGUUGUUUGUGUCCAGAUGACCCUCAUGAAAUAUGUUAUGUACAUGUUGAACAUAAAACAAAAAUAUAUUCUGUAGUUUGUCUAUAGUUUUUUUUACUAAAUACAUUUUACAUCUACUUUAUUACACUGAAUGUAUGUUCAUAUCAACAAAGACAUCAAUGUACCACACCCUCACACAUGAACAGAACAAAUGUCACACAUGAGCACUAACUAAUUUACUGUAUGCACAGGUCUAUUUCAGAAGACAAAAAUACUUUUCAUCAUGCAAACAGGGUCUUAACAGUAACUCAUUUUAGUGCUAAGGACAAGUAUUAGGAUGUUAUGGUUUUUACCAUCAAAGAAAUAGUGGGUUGGCACAAAAGUGUAUGAGUUAAGACAUUGUCAGUUUGGAUGUAUUCUCGUGAGUUAUGUUACCCUUGUAAGUCACAUACCUGUAUGAAAGCUUGCAGUAGCUUAUUCUACUGAUAUUUUAAGCAUCCUGGCUAACUCAACUAUUUCUAAAGCUGUCUGCGCUUGUCUUUCUCUACUCUCUCAUUGAAUACAAAUUCACAAUGUCACAAAAAAUGACCCACAUUUUCCAUAAGCAAACUGACAGAAUCUUUCACAUAACAGGCUUUCUCAUCACAGGAUAAAAAGUAUUGGCAUGUUGACUUUAGGACAGCGUAACAUUGUGCCCAGGUGUGUACGUGCAUCAGUUCCAUGAUGGCACCAUGACAAAAUCCACUGUAAAUAACUAUCAGUAAAUCUAGGGGUUUUACAAAGCACAAACACAGGAGCUGCCCAGAUGUAUAGAACAAAACACAUUAAUAACAAGACCACAUUCUACUGAAUUGUCUGGCAUGCCAUAACAUGUCUUUAAAAUAAGUUACUAUACAGAUGAUUUUAUACUGUUGAAUGACAUUAUUUGCCAUAAGUAUGAAAUCAGCUAAAUUCGGUCAAUGACAAUUAUUUUGGUCAGUGGGUCCACUGGAUCCAGGUCGCCAUCUGUAAUGAGCUCAGAUGAUGAUUUUUGCUGUUCUGAAGGUUUAACUCUAAAUUCUGCAGUGGUGUGCCUGUGUUAGCUGUCGUCAUGCCUGUUAGUCCUGAGCAUGAGUAGCUCGUCCUCCAGGUAGGUUAUCUUCUCCAGCAGGGCAGCCCUGUCUGCCUGGGCCCUCUGGUCUGCCUGCCACCUGGCUUCCUGGAUCUUCCUUUCAUACCAGUGCUCCAUCUGGGUCGACACCGCCUCAAAGAAGUACUGUGUCACCUCCAGGGCGUGCAUGUUCUCCCUCUCCUGGGCAAAGCCCUCACCCCCGCCUUUCUCCACGGCUCUCUCCCCAAACACCCCCAGAGUCCCCUCGGCCUGCCCCACCGAAGCCCCCUUGUCCCCCUUGGCCUUUGUCCUGCCCUGGGAUUGCCUCUUGUGGUGCUUGCCCUUGUCCCUGCACCUCUCCCUGUCUCUAUCCCUCUCCCUGUCGCAGUCCUUGUCUUGCCUGUUGCUGCAGCGGCGCUCGGUGGCUGGGGACAGGCUGCUGGCCCGGUGGUUGUUGCCUCUGCUGCUUGAUCCCAACUCCAGCAGUGCCACGUCCUGCAGUCCCUGGAACGGCCUGCAGGGGUCAGUAGAACACAGCGAGCGUUCCUUGGGCCGCACCACUUGGGGAGAUGGGGAAAGGGAUAAAGCGGGAGUUGGGGAGGAGAUGUUUUCUCGCUUGUGAUGUUUAUCACCAUCUGGAAGAUUUCCAAGAGGCAAUUAUUAAGUGAAUUAGAAUUAAAUCAACCUUAGAGCACGGCACACAAUAAAUAAUUUAUGAUUACUCAAAUUAGUUCCAGUGAGAUUGCCAUCUUCAAAUGCAGUGUGAUAGAUUAGGAUGAUACAUUAAUUAACCUGCCAAAGGCAAAUUUAUAAUUUUAGCAUUUCUGUAAAAAUGUUGUAUUUGGGCCACAUUCUCUGUUAUUUACUUCUAAAAAAGGGUUUGACCUAAGAAUAAUAUAGUUAGAUUAUGUAACGCUUACAUAAGCCUGUAUCUGUGUGAAAUGAGUUCCCUCUCAUUGUGUGUGUGCGUUCGUGCAUGUGCAUAAGAGUAGUAAUUCAGAGCACUGGCUAUUUCACUGAGUUCUGUUUGAACCGUACCUGGAGAGUUGUCCACCUGAACCACAAAGUUAUGAUUGGCUGAGGGGUCCUCUGUGGCGGCCGUGUUGGGGUCUCCCUCGGUGAGGUCAGUGGUGUGGGGGGCCAGACACUGGACGCUGCCCCCAGGGUCCACCUCACACAGGCCCUCAGCCAUGGAUGAGGACCGACGCAGCUUGGCGUUGCGGGGGUCUCCAGCGAAACGCACCUCAAUGUUCUGGAGCUUGGCCAUGCACCAGUUCUUCAGCUCGUUCACCACUGAUGCCUGCUUGAAGGGCAGGCCAAGACAAGAAGAGGUUUCGUGACAGAGAAACAGCAGGGUAUAUACAGUUGAAGUCGGAAGUUUACAUACACUUAGGUUGGAGUCAUUAAAACCUGUUUUUCAACCACUCCACACAUUUCUUGGUAACAAACUAUAGUUUUGGCAAGUCGGUUAGGACAUCUACUUUGUGCAUGACACAAUGCAUUUUUCCAACAAUUGUUUACAGACAGAUUAUUUCACUUAUAAUUCACUGUAUCACAAUUCCAGUGGGUCAGAAGUUUACAUACACUAAGUUGACUGUGCCUUUAAACAGCUUAGAAAAUUCCAGAAAAUGAUGUCAUGGCAUUAGAAGCUUCUGAUAGGCUAAUUGACAUCAUUUGAGUCAAUUGGAGGUGUACCUGUGGAUGUAUUUCAAGGCCUACCUUUAAACCAGUGCAUCUUUGCUUGACAUCAUGGGAAAAUCUAAAGAAAUCAGGCAAGACCUCAGAAAAAAAUAUAUAGACCCUACAAGUCUGGUUCAUCCUUGGGAGUAAUUAACAAACGCCUGAAGGUACCACGUUCAUCUGUACAAACAAUAGUAUGCAAGUAUAAACACCAUGGGACCACGCAGCCGUCAUACCGCUCAGGAAGGAGACGCGUUCUGUCUCCUAGAGAUGAACGUACUUUGGUGCGAAAAGUGCAAAUCAAUCCCAGAACAACAGCAAAGGACCUUGUGAAGAUUCUGGAGGAAAUUGGUACAAAAGUAUAUAUAUCCACAGUAAAACGAGUCCUAUAUCGACAUAACCUGAAUGGCCGUUCAGCAAGGAAGAAGCCACUGCUCCAAAACCGCCAUAAAAAAGCCAGACUACUGCACAUGGGGACAAAGAUCGUACUUUUUGGAGAAAUGUCCUCUGGUCGGAUGAAACAAAUAGAACUGUUUGCCCAUAAUGACCAUCGUUAUGUUUGGAGGAAAAAGGGGACUGCUUGCAUGCCGAAGAACGGCCAUCCCAACCGUGAAGCACGGGAGUGGCAGCAUCAUGCUGUGGGGGUGCUUUGCUGCAGGAGGGACUGGUGCGCUUCACAAAAUAGAUGGAAUCAUGGGGAAGGAAAAUGAUGUGGAUAUAUUGAAGCAACAUCUCAAGACAUCAGUCAGGAAGUUAAAGCUUGGUCGCAAAUGGGUCUUCCAAACGGACAAUGACCCCAAGCAUACUUCCAAAGUUGUGGCAAAAUGGCUUAAGGACAACAAAGUCAAGGUAUUGGAGUGGCCAUCACAAGGCCCUGACCUCAAUCCUAUAGAAAAUUUGUGGGCAGAACUGAAAAAGCGUGUGCGAGCAAGGAGGCCUACAAACCUGACUCGGUUACACCAGCUCUGUCAGGAGAAAUGGGCCAAAAUUCACCCAACUUAUUGUGGGAAGCUUGUGAAAGACUACCAGAAACGUUUGACCCAAGUUAAACAAUGUAAAGGCAACGCUACCAAAUACUAAUUGAGUGUAUGUAAACUUCUGACCCACUGGGAAUGUUAUGAAAGAAAUAAAAGCUGAAAUAAAUAAUUCUCUCUGCUAUUAUUCUGACAUUUCACAUUCUUAAAAUAAAGUGGUGAUCCUAACUGACCUAAGACAGGGCAUUUUUACUUGGAUUAAAUGUCAGGAAUUGUGAAGAACUGAGUUUAAAUGCAUUUGGCUAAGGUGUAUGUAAACAUCCGACUUCAACUGUAUACUGAACAAAAAUAUAAACGCAACAUGUAAAGUGUUGGUCCUAUGUUUCAUGAGCUGAAAUAAAAGAUCCCAGAAAUUGUCCAUACGCACAAAAGCUUAUUUCCCUCAAAUUUUGUGCACACAUUUUUUACUUCCCUGUUAGUGAGCAUUUAUCCUUUGCCAAGAUAAUCCAUCCACCUGACAAGUGUGGUAUAUCAAGAAGCUGAUUAAACAGCAUGAUCAUUACACAGGUGCACCUUGUGCUGGGGACAAUAAAAGGCCACUCUAAAAUGUGCAGUUUUGUCACACAACGCAAUGCCACAGAUGUCUCAAGUUUUGAGAGAGCGUGCAAUUGGCAUGCUGACUGCAGGAAUGUCCACCAGAGUUGUUGCCAGAUAAUUUAAUGUUAAUUUGUCUACCAUAAACCGCCUCCAACGUCGUUUUAGAGAAUUUGGCAGUACAUCCAACCGUCCUCACAACCGCAAACCACGUGUAACCACGCCAGCCCAGGACCUCCACUUCCGGCUACUUCACCUGCGGGAUCGACUGAGACCAGCCAUCCGGACAGCUGAUGAAACUGAGGAGUAUUUCUGACUGUAAUAAAGCCCUUUUGUGGGCCUGGCUCCCCAUGUGGGUGGGCCUACCCAUGGCUGCACCCCUGCCCAGUCGUGAAAUCUAUAGAUUAGGGCCUAAUGAAUUUAUUUCAAUUGACUGAUUUCCUUAUAUGAACUGUAUCUCAGUAAAAUCGUUGAAAUUGUUGCAUGUUGCAUUUAUAUUUUUGUUCAGUAUACUAUCUAUUAUCUAGAAGUGUUAAAAUAACUGUCUUUUUUUUUUCUUUUCACUUUUAAAAGUUCAUAUUCUGUUAACUCAUAUCUAAAUAAUGUUGUUGACUCGUCCUAUACUCGUAUGUGGCCAAAGCAUUAAUUGGAGAAAUAUAACUUUAAAAAACACACCUCAAACUUGUACAGUAGCUUGCGAAAUUAUUCACCCCCCCCCCCAAAAAUGGAUUUUUUGGGGGCUUGUAUCAUUUCAUUUACACAACAUGCCUACCACUUUGAAGAUGAAAAAUAUUUUUUAUUGUGAAACAAACAAGAAAUAAGACCAAAAAACAUAAGAGUGAAUACCUUGUAGAGCCACCUUUUGCAGCAAUUACAGCUGCACGUUUCAAUUACAGCUGCAAGCUGGGGUAUGUCGCUAUAAGCUUGGCACAUCUAGCCACUGGGAUUUUUUCCCAUUCUUCAAGGCAAAACUGCUCCAGCUCCUUCAAGUUGGAUGGGUUCCGCUGGUGUACAGCAAUCUUUAAGCCAUACCACAGAUUCUCAAUUGGAUUGAGGUCUAUGCUUUGACUAGGCCAUUUCAAGACAUUUAAUGUUUCCCCUUAAACCAAUCAAGUGUUGCUUUAGCAGUAUGCUUAGGGUCAUUGUCCUGCUGGAAGGUGACCCUCCGUCCCAGUCUCAAAUCUCUGGAAGACUGAAACAGGUUUCCCUCAAGAAUGUCCCUGUAUUUAGUGCCAUCCAUCAUUCCUUCAAUUCUGACAAGUUUCCCAGUCCCUGCCUGCUGAUGAAAAACAUCCCCACAGCAUGAUGCUGCCACCACCAUGCUUCACUGUGGGGAUGGUGUUCUCGGGGUGAUGAGAGGUGUUGGUUUUGCGCCAGACAUAGCGUUUUCCUUGAUGGCCAAAAAGCUCAAUUUUAGUCUCGUCUGACCAGAGUACCUUCUUCCAUAUGUUUGGGGAGUCUCCCACAUGCCUUUUGGCGAACACCAAAUGUGUUUGCUUAUUUUGUUCUUUAAGCAAUGGCUUUUUUUCUGGCCACUCUUCCGUAAAGCCCAGCUCUGUGGAGUGUACAGCUUAAAGUGGUCCUAUGAACAGAUACUCCAAUCUCCGCUGUGGAACUUUGCAGCUCCUUCAUGGUUAUCUUUGAUCUCUUUGUUGCCUCUCUGAUUAAUGCCCUCCUUGCCUGGUCUGUGAGUUUUGGUGGGCGGCCCUCUCUUGGCAGGUUUGUUGUGGUCCCAUAUUCUUUCCAUAUUUUAAUAAUGGAUUUAAUGGUGCUCUGUGGGAUGUUCAAAGUUUCCAAUAUUUUUUAUAACCCAACCCUGAUCUGUACUUCUCCACAACUUUGUCCCUGACCUGUUUGGAGAGCUCCUUGGUCUUCAUGGUGCCACUUGCUUGGUGGUGCCCCUUGCUUAGUGCUGUUGCAGACUCUGGGGCCUUUCAGAACUGGUGUAUAUAUACUGAGAUCAUGUGACAGAUCAUGUGACACUUAGAUUGCACACAGCUGGACUUUAUUUAACUAAUUAUGUGACUUCUGAAGGUAAUUGGUUGCACCAGAUCUUAUUUAGGGGCUUCAUAGCAUUUAUUUUUUAGAAUUCUUUUAAAAUUUCACUUCACCAAUUUCAACUAUUUUGUGUACGUCCAUUACAUGAAAUCCAAAUAAAAAUCAAUUUAAAUUACAGGUUGUAAUGCAACAAAAUAGGAAAAACGCCAAGGGGGAUGAAUACUUUUGCAAGGCACUGUAUCUCAAACAGUCAGUUUCAAAAAUGCUUGCUAUUUCCUCAUAGAACAUGAUGUCAUCUCCCUGAGGAGGAUGAGCUGGCCAAUCAGCGUUCUAGAGCAGGGUUUCCCAAACUCAGUCCUGGGGCCCCACCUGGGUGCACGUUUAGUUUUUUGCUAUAGCACUACACAGCGGAUUCAAAUAAUCAACGCUUGAUGAUGAGUUGCGUUAUUUGAAUCAGCUAUGUAGUGCUAGGUCUAGAGGAGGAUGAGCUGGCCAAUCAGCGGUCUACUUGGGUGAAUAUUUUUAAUGACCGGUAUACGCCCACACCAUUCUGUUGUUGGGGUACGCACACACCAUUCCAACAUAGAAAAUAUGCUUUUUAACAUACCUAAUUAAAACAAUUUGGGAAGGAAAACUAUUUCACUCACAUUGUAAGUAAUUAUAGGUCAUAUUUAAUAGAAAUCUGAAAUCACUGGGCAGUUACUUUAAAGCAUUGUUGUAAUAUUAAAAAAAAAAUUCACGACAACCUUGAAUUAAAAAGUUUAAUGAUGGCACAUGAAGGUAUGGGAACUAGUGUUUUGUCCAUCUGAGACCCGCCUCUCUUGCUGUGUUGAGUGUGUUGACACUGCUGUUAGUAUUACCUGUCUCUUCUCCCCCUCCUGUCUAUCCUGCAUGGCCCUCUGGUCGAUCCUGUGUUGGCACUCUGUCCUCUCUGCUGACACCCUCUCUACUGUCAUCUUAUCUAGAGCACGGAUCUAGAACCACACAAUCACAAACCACAUAGAGUUAAAUGCCUGAGCCUGAUAAAGCUGUCAUAAUAAAUGCAAGACACCGGUUGUGAAAGAAAAGCUCACAGCUGUUUUUGACUUGACUAACAUUACACUUCAUUUCAUCACAUCCACUGCUGUGACUUCAGAGGCUUGUGGGAUGUAGGUAGUAUUCAUUAGGCACCAAACGGAAGAGAAUGGACUGAAACUGGGACUGGUCUACCUGUCCUGGACUGGUCCAAUAAGAAACUAUAAUUUUCGGUUUACGUUGCAAAAAGUUGAAAACGCCUUAAUGAACAGGACCCUGGUCUAUUAUGUACCUGAUGUUUGUUCUUGCGGUCCAACUGUCCCAUCUUGUUGUUCAUCAGGUCCUGCACCGUGUGGAUCUCCGUCUUCAUCUCCUCCUUGGUGGCCUCCAGCUGGUUCUCCAGCUUGAUGAUCAGAGGCUCACAGCGGCAGCCAUUGAUAGGCGCCUGGGACACAGAAACCAACCAUGGGCAC